GGAGCAAGCCGGGAGCUCAGAGGUCUGCUCUGACUGCGCGCUCUUGUCAAAAGCCUUCUGGAGAGCAGAGACCCUCCGUGCCAAAAGGAAACGGAGUUUGAACCCAAGAGAGGCUGCUGUUUGGAGACUGGAACUUAUUUCACAAGCUCCGGAAAGACGAUGGGACGCUUUUGCAAAGGGAUAAGGCCAGGAAUUCCUAGUAUGUCUGUUUUCUUCCUCUUGCAUUUCUAAGCUGCUUAAAUGUUGCUACUGCUUCCUUCUCAGAAUGCUUUGCAAAUAAGCAGCGUACCUCGGAAUGUUGUUUGCAAAUUUGAUAAUUCCCCUUCCAUUUUAAACUUCGGUCUUGAGAUGGGGGUGGGGGUGGUUGAGAUUCAGAGGCAAGCUGCGUCAGCCCCCAGCCCCAAUUCUAAAAUGUGUGCUUGCAUGGAAGAGGAUGAAUUAUGCUUUGUAAGGAUCAAUUACGCUACUUAGCCAACUUUGAUCUACCCUUUAUGCUGUAGGCAGGGUGCGGUAGAGUCAAGGUCCCUUAGUGCAGCUCCACUCUGUCGUCUUAAUGUCCCUGAAGUCCUCAGUCGUACGUGCAGUCUAAAGGCAGAGCGACUUGGAGGCUUCUCUUGUAUCACAGUGCAAAUCUAUGGGUGAAGCAGGGUUUCUCUUAACUGCGUGAGCAGGAAAUGUCAUCGCUUUGGUUUAAAUGACAGGAAGCGGGUGUGGGUGUAUUUGGGCCAUUUAUCUUGGACACUUGAGGUGUCUAUUUUUUUUAGCACCCACCUUAUUUCUGUGAUGUUGUUGUUUAGUUGUUUAGUCGUGUCUGGCUCUUUGUGACCCCAUGGACCAGAGCACGCCAGGCACUCCUGUCUUCCACUGCCUCCCGCAGUUUGGUCAAACUCAUGCUGGUAGCUUUGAGAACACUGUCCCACCAUCUCGUCCUCCGUCGUCCCCUUCUCCUUGUGCCCUCCAUCUUUUCCAGCAUCAGGGUCUUUUCCAGGGAGUCUUCUCUUCUCAUUAGGUAGCCAAAGUCUUGGAGCCUCAGCUUCAGGAUCUGUCCUUCCAGUGAGCACUCAGGGCUGCUUUCCUUAAGAAUGGAUGCGUUUGAUCUUCUUGCAGUCCAUGGGACUCUCAAGAGUCUCCUCCAGCACCAGAAUUCAAAAGCAUCCAUUCUUCGGCGAUCAGUCUUCUUUAUGGUCCAGCUCUCACUGCCAUACAUCACUACUGGGAAAACCAUAGCUUUAACUAUACGGACCUUUGUUGGCAAGGUGAUGUCUCUGCUUUUUAAGAUGCUGUCUAAGUUUGUCAUUGCAUUUCUGUGAUAGUAAGUUGCUUUAAACUGUUUUUAGCAUCGUCUUUUAAUGUUUUAGCCCACCACGGGACCUUAGAUUGAAGGGCAGGCGAAUAAUGAUAAUGAUGAUAAUAAUUAUUAUAAUAAUAAUAAUAAUAAUAAUAAUAAUACACAGCUGGACCUGGGAUAGCUCAGUUGGAAGAGCAUGGAUCUCAUCUCAAGGUCAUGGGUUCGAACCCCACAUUGGGCAAAAGAUUCCUGCAUUGAAGAGGGUUGGACUAGAUGACCCUUGUGGCCCCUUCCAAUUCUAUUAUUUUUCACCCCACACAUAGGUAGUUCUUUUCUGCUCUAGACACUGUGAUGAAGUUGAUUGGGAUUUAAUCAAUGUGAUUUUCUAAGAGAUUUCCUUCUUUCUUUUUGUACCAGCCCUGUCGGCAAAAUAGCAAGCUUUAGAUGGUACAUUGGGACAUCAGAAAUGGCUUCAUUCAGAGCUGGGUCACUAGUGCUUCUAGCUCAGUAUUGUUUACACUGACUGGCAGCUGCUAUCCAGGGCAGGGGGCUUUCCCAGCCUUCCUUGAAGAAGCCUGGGAUUGUACCUGGGACCUCCUGGAUGCAAGGCAGGUGCUCACCCACUGAACUGCAUCCCUUCCCCUUAACCAGGUAGGAAGAAAGCAGGGAUGAUGCUCGUUUUACAGGUGUCUGGUACCCGGCCCACCUCUGGGGUUUCACAGGUACUCAGCAGUGCAGUGUUCUCAAGGCUGUGCAAAUGCAAGUAUUUCUGUGCCUCUAGGGACGCAGGUGGCACUGUGCGUUAAACCACAGAGCCUAGGACUUGCCGAUCAGAAGGUCGGUGGUUCGAAUCCCCACAACGGGGUGAGCUCCCGUUGCUCUGUCACUGCUCCUGCCAACCUAGCAGUUCGAAAGCACGUCAAAGUGCAAGUAGAUAAAUAGGUACUGCUCUGGCGGGAAGGUAAAUGAUGUUUCCGUGCGCUGCUCUGGUUCGCCAGAAGUGGCUUAGUCAUGCUGGCUACAUGACCCGGAAGCUGUACGCCGGCUCCCUCAGCCAAUAAAGCGAGAUGAGCGCCGCAACCCCAGAGUCGCCCACGACUAGACCUAAUGGUUACCUUUACCUAGUGACAUCUCAAUAGCUUGAUCACUGUGCAGAUGUGAUAUACGGGGAAAGGCCGUAGCUUAGUGGCAGAGCCUGACCUGCAUGCAGAAGGUCCCAGGCGUUCGGUGUUUGCCAAGGAAAGAAUCUCCUUGAUUUACAGCUGGAAAGGAACAUUUGGCUCCUCACGACCCUGUUAAAAUGGCAAGAGAGGAGGGAAACGGAUAGCCCAGGGCAGCCUGUCAAACAGACUGCCCGCGAGAUGGCUGAAGAGGAGGAAUUGAAGUGGUUCUGAGAGGCCUCGACGUAGCAGAGUUGCAUCUGGAAGCUGUUAAGCUCCUCAAAGGACUCCACCCCACCUCUGAACUGGCGAUGGGUCUGGAAAAGGGUAGGACUUGCAACAGAUCUGCCAGCGUGCGGGUGUGUGCAGACCAGUUUUUAAGUGGAGUUAAAAGGUGCAACGAUGAAGGCAUUUGUUUAUUUUGUCCCUGCCUAGGAAAACCAGUUUGCUGGCCUACAGUUCCCAUCAUCCCUGACCAUGGUGCCUGGGGCUGAUGAGAGUUGUAGUCCAAUAACUUUCUGGAGGACUACGGGCCAACCACCCCUGGAGUGCAAAUUCCCACCCAGCAUGGACAAUGGUUGGGGGAAACAAAUUGAUUUAUUACAGCAUAACCUUUCAUGGAUUACGGCAUCAGCUUUCACUGCAAUAAAUUUGCCCACGGGGUCCCAUUCCCCUGCUGAAAUUAGGCACAUUUGUACAAAAUGUGUAUUUGGCGAAAGUGUGCAUGAAAUUGCAUAUAUUAGUGAAAAAUUGCAUACAGAAAUGCAUUACAUUGGGGGGGGUUGCUUUCAAAAGUGUGCAUGUUAGGCAAAACUGCAUACCAGUUUGUGUAUAUUGGGGGGGGGGGGAAAUAUACGGAUGGGUUUUCAUGAGCCCUUGUUUAAAAAAAAAUAUCACAAAGUGAAAAAGAAAUGUAACAAACUGAAUUGAAGGUUGUACAAAGGAGAGACUGAGGAAACGAGCAAAUUUGUACACCCCUCCGUACUGUGGCCGUAUUGGAAACCAUUGCUCAGUUCAGUGGGAGAGCAAUCGCCUACAGAAGGUUCCAGGUUAAAUCCCUGGUGUCUCCAGUUAUGGAAAAGGGGUCUCAGGUACCAGGUGAUGUGAAAGAGGUCUUUCUCCUUCAGCCUUUGGAGAUCUUCAGCAUUAUCAGAGUAGACAACACCGUAUUAGUUGGACAGCCUGACCAAUGUAAAAUAAAAAUAGCCAGUGCAGUGCCCUUGAUGUUGUUGGGCUGCAACUCAUAUUGUCUAUAAGAUGUCACAGGACUCUCUGCUGUGGAUUUUUGCCAAUGUCAUAUUGUUCUUAUGCAUAUCAAUGGUGCGGCCACACUUGAGAUAUUACUGCGCACGUCCUGUUCUGAGCCAGUACUGUCCCCCCACAAAAAAACCUUCUUUUUAAGCACCACUAGGGGGAGCACUCCUCUUUUCUAGCUGCCAGAGCAUUCCUUGGUCAAAGGAAAAUCUGAUUCUGCAAGUGACUCAAAUGGAAACUAUGGCAGUGAAUCAAAAUCGCGCAGAAUUGGAGUGCGUCAUAGCAAAUCGAAUGGGGGGGGAACUUAAGGAGGGUCUUGGAUCUCUGCAUGGCAGACUGAUCUUAAGAGAGCCCCCUCUUUAUUCUCAGAGGUCCUCCCAACAUCAUUUUUAUUGUGCUUUUAUGUUUAUUUGUGCUCAGGUUGGUGUCAGGGCCGUUCUAAACAAUCUCAAUACUGUUUGCAAAUUGUUUUGAAUUGGUGCAUGUGACGUUGUGGUUAGAGUGGACAACUAGACCCUGGGAGACCAGAGUUCAAGUCAGCAGCUAAAUCGGGCGUUUUCGUUUGCACUAAGUGAAGCCAGAGUUCGACUGACUUGAACGGCAGCUUUAAAGUGCUGGAUCAUGUCCUAAACGUGCAAAGGAGGGAGGUCAGAGAAUGUGGUGUCGUGAGGAGCUGUUAGGUCGCUGUGCUAAAUGAAGGGCUUGCUCUACAAAGAACUCACCCAUACUUAAACCUUGCCUAGAACCUUGAGGACUUGAAAACUGCCCUUUUAAAAUGAAAACGAAAAAUGAAAACAGGGUCUCUCAUGUUUCUGCUUAGAGAAUAGCUCCUGCAUUUGAAGCUAAGCCCCUGACACAAGGCGUUGUUGAAACUGACUUCAAUGCUUUUAGGUCCCCCAAAAGCAGUUUAUCAAAUAUAUGCUUUUGUUCAUGAGGAUGAGUUGCACUAUCCAUUUAAAGCACUGUCAUACCACUUUAAACAGUCCCAGCUCUCCUACAAAAAUAAAAAAUAAUAAAUCCUGGGAACUGUAGUUUGUUAAGGGUGCUGAGAGUUGUUAGGAGACUGCCUUUCAGAGCUACAGUUCCCAGCACCCUUAACAAACCAAAGUUCCCAGGGUUCUUGUUUGGUGGGGAAGCCAUGACUGCUAAAGCAGUGCAGGAGUACUUUAAAUGUAUAGUGCAGAUGUCAAGCGUGUUUCAGUGGCUUUCGAAAGAUCACACCCAGUUGUAGAAUGAUGCUGUUGUGCUCUGUGCCACAAUAGGUUACCAUACAGUGUCAUCUUGCAUCUGUGCAUGGAGUCUGGCCGGUGGAGGUGACUCCUCUUUCUGAGCGCCUGCCGAUCUGACUCCUGCCCAGAGAGGAAUUUCAGCGGACCCCUUUUCUGAUCUACUUUUAUGGCUGCCGUCGUCCUUCCCGUGUAGGACAAUGGAGCCGUUUGUUGUUCUGCCUAGUUAUUUCCUCUGCACUCUGCAGGGAGAAACAGUUAAGCCGUGCCCUCUUCAAGGGGGUGACAAAUUUCAGCUUCCUUUGCAAGUAGGUGGGCAGCCAUGUAUUCGCCUGUUUUGCUUGUCACAUCUGCAUUGGCCUGAGUGGCGCUCUUACAUUCCUAUAGCAAAGUGGUUUCAUCCUGGCAAGCAUUUGGACAUGAUGCUGCCUGGAGGCAGCACACAAGCUCCUCCGAGCUUCCUGGAGGAGAACUGGGAUCUCAGUGAAAUGAUAAUCGCCAGCAUGGAGGCCAGGGAGGCGUGUUGCAUGUAGAAACCAGCCUAGUGUAAAGGUAAAGGGACCCCUGACCAUUAGGUCCAGUCGUGGCCGACUCUGGGGUUGUGGCGCUCAUCUCGCUUUACUGGCCGAGGGAGCCGGCGUACAGCUUCCAGGUCAUGUGGCCAGCAUGACUAAGCCUAUUUAUCUACUUGCACUUGGACAUGCUUUUCAACUGCUAGGUUGGCAGGAGCAGGGACCAAGCAAUGGGAGCUCACUCUGUUGCGGUGAUUCGAACCGCCGACCUUCUGAUCGGCAAGUCCUAGGCUCAGUGGUUUAGACCACAGUGCCACCCGUGCCCCUUGUGUACGAAGGCCAAAUUUACAUUGCUGCUCCACCCACUCUGGCCCCUGGCCCCACCACCACUCUUCUAUAGUAGGGUUACCAAACAUCCCUGGUACCUGGGGACAGUCCCCGGAUUUGCAAAUCUGUCCCCGGACAAAUUCCAUCCCCGGAAUGUCCCCAAAUUUGCAAAUCUGUCCCCAGGAAACAUGGCAGCGGCAGCCUCAGCCUCAGCCUCAGCAGCCCGGAGCCAGCCUGGUAGUGCAGUUGGCUCUGGCUGGCUUCAGGAACUGCUCGCUCCCGCCGCCACUGCCAAAGGGGAACCAGGGACGUCUGGUGGUACAGAUCUCCUGCCCCCUUCCCCCUUUGUUUUGACAGAUUGUGGGAGGCUCAGGAGUUGCAAGUGGGUGGCUGUUGCCCAGGAGGGGCGCAAGGUGUGCAGUUUCUCUGCCAGGCAAGGUGCAAAGCCCUUCUUUCGCACCCUGUGAAACAUAAAUGCACAGAGUUUUUAAAAAACUGGGCAACAGCUGCCCGUCCGCGACUCCUGAGCCUCCCCCUGUCAGUCAAAACAAAGGGGUGAGGAGGGAGGAUAUCAGGGGAGGCUCAGGAGUCACGGGUGGGUGGCGCGCCAUUGCUGUUUUAAAAAAACCUCUGUGCAUUUAUGUUUCACAGGGUGCGAAAGAAGGGCUUUGCACCUUUAUACACUGUGCAUGUGUGCUUGGGCCCAGGGUCUUUUGCCUCACCAUCCCCACUACUGACUCCCUGUUGCUACUCAGCUUCAAAAAUUAAAAAAAAGUGUCCCUGGAUUCAUUGAAAAAAAUCUGGUAACCAUAUUAGGGAUUCCCAGAUCUGAUCCUUAUGCAACAUGGGGGGUCACGGUCUCGAGCCAAGGUGGGCCAUUGCAGUCCAUUGACCUCAUUCUGUGCACGAUGCUCUGCGCAUAAUGAGCCAGGCCAGAGACUGUGACUUUAUAAGACUGGGAGGGGCGGGGGCUGACUUCUACUGAGCUGGUAGCUGCAGUGAAUCCUGGGAGCUUCUCAGCCAAGGAAAGAGCAGACAGUUACCGUAUUUUUCGCUCCAUAAGACACACUUUUUUCUUCCUAAAAAGUAAGGGGAAAUGUCUGUGCCUCUUAUGGAGCAAAUGUGUGGUCCCUGGAGCCGAAUUGCCCAGGGGCAAAAAGCAGAUCAUGCUCUCUUUUUUUUUUGAAAGGGGGUGUUCAAAGGAAGCAGCUGAUCGGCAAGCGAUCGGGGAGGGAGAUAAGGGACGCUAGAGAUAAAGGAGGCUGCCUGGGACGGGAGAGGUAAAAGCCCAUGGAUCCUCAGGAUUUUUGCAUUGGGUCACACCAAAUUCACCAUCUGAUCACAUAGCAUGUCCAUGGCUACAGCCUGCACCACAAAAAUCAUAUAGCCACUGUUUCGUUCAGAAUAUUUUUUUUCUUGUUUUCCUCCUCUAAAAACUAGGUGCAUCUUAUGGUCAGGUGCGUCUUUUGGAGCGAAAAAUACUUAUUGCCAAAGAUACUCACAUCUGUCUAGCAUCUAGGCAGCUGUGGUGUAGUGGUUAAGAGCGGUAGUCUUAUAAUCUGGUGAACUGGGUUCGUGUCUCCGCUCCUCCACAUGCAGCUGCUGGGUGACCUUGGGCUAGUCACACUUCUCGGAAGUCUCUCAGCCCCACUCACCUCACAGAGUGUUUGUUGUGGGGGAGGAAGGGAAAGGAAAAUGUUAGCCGCUUUGAGACUCCUUCGGGUAGUGAUAAAGUGGGAUAUCAAAUCCAAACUCCUCUUCUUCUUCUCUAUGGAGCAAUUGCAGCAACUGAGGACCACUCCCCCUCCACCAGUUUAUGUACCUUCGCCUGACAUAGCCAGAGACUAUGCCUGAACGGAAGCUUCCUCUGUUCCUCCCACUUCACUUCUUUCCUGGUUCUGGGAGACAGUGGUGCAAGGAAGCGGAGGAAAGCACCUGGCCCAUCGCUAGCCUGUCCUGCCUCUUCCUCCAGCUCUGGAGCUUCCCCUGCCUCCUGAUUCUUGCCUCCUGGCUGGUACAGGUCCCCAGAAACCACUGCUCCCCCUCUCCCAAAUCAGACUCCAGCCUCCUUUCCCCCGGUCCACACUCCUCAGAGUCCUGCCUGUCCCUGAACACAGUGCCACCCUCUGGCUGUUUGCAGUAGUGUCGCUGAAGUACAACAGUGAGCUGGUGAGACUUUCUACGUUGACAAGUUUACCACGGUGGCUCAGAAUAGGGCAAAUGGGACCCGCUUAAAGUUUCCCUGGCUGAAGAUCCUCGGAACCUUAUCAAGAAAAACUUGCCGGCACAUUUUCAGCCUUUUCCCUCAUCGUGUGGUUUAGAAAGUUAGUGUCUUACCUUCUCAUAUUCUGCGCGCCAGAGUUGUAAGAAAGAACAGUUUUGCAGGAUCGUGCGCAGUUGUAUCACACACAGGGGAAGAACACAAAGGCUGUUCUUUAUUCCACACCCUGCUGUUGUUUAUUCUGCACCAUCGCCUGGUGUUCGGAGGUUUGCUGCUUCUGAACAUGGUUCGACAUACCUAUUGCAAUCAAUAGCUAUUGAUACACCUCCUUCAAAUUUGUCUCAACCUUUUAUUUUAAUUUUAUUUUUCUUUUAAACAUGGAAACUAGUUAGCUGGUGAGUGUUGGGCCGUCUUGCAGCAAGACAUUCCUUACGUUAACUGAGCAUUGUGUGUGGCGUAUCCCAUAAGUUAAUAAGUUUGUGUGGGGCAUGCCCUGCCCUGAUUCCCGGAUUCUGUGCGUACAUGAGCAUCAAAUGGCGACUCUGGGGUUAAAGCUCAGGGUUUGUGGUCAAAAAGACAAUGGGUACAUUCAGCAGUUGCAGCUCGUUCCUCUGCGCAUCCCUGCACCACAGAGAGGAAGAUGACUGUCUUUAUGUGCACACACAUACACCACCUCCAGUGAUGUAUCAGUUUUGCACAGGCUGCCGACUCUCCAAAGCACACGGCCUCCAGAGAUUACGCUUUCAAUGGGCCAAUUGUGGAGUUCAGAUAAAGACUCCCUUGACACGGAUGGGCUGUGGCCAAAGGUCCCUGAACAAUCUGACCAUGGAGCAGAGGGCAUAAACUAUUUUCUUAGCAAAGGGAUGGAGGAAGAAGAAGAAUAGGAGCGUGUUUGGCAGCUGAAAUUUGCUAGCCACCCCAGAACAAAGCAGAGCGUUCUGCAAACUUUCCUCUGGUUGCUCAGCUAUGAUGCCUGCCUUGCUCUUUCCAGAGCUGCAGAGAUGAUCUCUGGCCGCAGAUCCUGGUGGGAAGGUUUUCUCAGGAGGAGAACUCGUUUUCUGCCAUGUUUCCAGAUGCUGUUAACAUGGAUUGGGGAUUGCCUAAUAUAAACAUCUGUGAAAUUACCACCAUCCGCCCCUGGUCAGAGGAUCUGGCUUUGGAGCUUAAGGAUUCCAGAUGUGCCUGCCUGAUGCCAAGCCGAAAACAGAAAGAGGAGCCGAGCCGAUGAGAUGGAUGUUCCGGCCGUGGUUAGGUCCCGGUAAUUGGGGACACGUGGGGGACUGCACUUCUUUUGAGGGGUUGCUCUUGCCUUAGCGGUGGAGCGUUGCUAGGUUCUCAAAUAUAUAUUUCCCAUCCGCUGUCCUGCGUGUGCCACUGACUGCGCUGCAGCCCAGAUGCUGCUGAAAGACCGUUUGUCAAAUGGAAACCACAAGAGACAGAAGUUUUGGCAACUCCGAGUAAGUGACUAUUCAGAUUUGUUAAAUACGGGAGGAGGGGAGUGUCUAGCACUGAGCAGCGGAGACAUCUGUUUUCCUUGUUCCUUUUAUUAUUAUUAUAAUUUGGAGGGUCAUUUCAGAUAGAAAAAGUCUUACAUCAAUCUUUAAAAGAAGUCCAAGCGCACAGUUCAAAACGUUUGCUGCUUAACUUGUAAUUUUCCUUCAUAGAAGCGUGUCUGAGCAUUUGUUCCAACAUUUUGACAGUAGCCCUAGUUAGUUUGCAAUAAGCACUCAGGAUGGCAUUUUUUACUUUUAAUAGGCUCUAUAACCUACAGUGGCGCUGUGGGUUAAACCACAGAGCCUAGGACUUGCCGAUCAGAAGGUCGGUGGUUUGAAUCCCCACGAUGGGGUGAGCUCCCGUUGCUCUGUCCCUGCUCCUGCCAACCUAGCAGUUCGAAAGCACGUCAAAGUGCAAGUAGAUAAAUAGUUACCGCUCCGGCGGGAAGGUAAACGGCAUUUCUGUGCGCUGCUCUGGUUUGCCAGAAGCUCCUUAGUCAUGCUGGCCAUAUGACCCGGAAGCUGUACGCCGCCUCCCUCAGCCAAUAAAGCGAGAUGAGCACCACAACCCCAGAGUCGGUCACAACUGGACCUAAUGGUCAGGGGUCCCUUUACCUUUACCUAUGUUCCUAUUAGGGGAAGGGCCAAAUCUCAGUGAAUUACUGUAUUUUCUGGUGUAUAAGACUACUUUUUAACCCAGGAAAAUCUUCUCAAAAGUCGGGGGUCGUCUUAUAUGCCAGCUACAGCAGCAACUCCUGCAGCAACUCCCCACCAAAGGAUAAAACGACAGCAAAUUAAAUCAGAGGACACCAAGCUCUCUAGAUGAAGCAGAAAUACGCUUGAAAAUUGGCCCUAGCAGCCCCCGGCCACUGGGAAGUGGAGCGGAUUUCCGAGCCAGACCGGAGACUGGUUUUUUAAAUUUUUAUUUGGUGUGCGUUGGAAGAGGGGUAGUCUUAUACGGCGAGUAUAUCCCAAACUCUAUAUUUUAACUGGAAAAGUUGGGGGGUCGUCUUAUACGCCCAGUCUUAUAUGCCAGAAAAUAUGGUAGCACUUCCCUUGAAUGCAGACGGUGCCAAGUUCAACCCGCAGCACCAUCUCAAUCAGCCUAAUAGCAGGUCUAUGUUCCUGCGCAUAAUCAUGCGCGAAACAUGAAGCAAUAAAAGAAGAACCCCUUUAUUCUUCCAGUUAUUUUUUAUUCUUCUUUCUAGGAUUUUUGGCUUCCCAACUUGGCAAUCCAGUGGGAAGCAGGUCCUGUUGUUGGAGGGAUAUCUGUUCCAGAUGGUUGGAUGGGCCGCCCUGUAACGAAACCACUUCCGUAUUCACGCGUGUAUAAAACCAGGCAAAGCUUUGGCCCGGGAGGAGACUCCGACCUGAGGAAUGUGGAGAGAGGCAUUUCCCCAUUAUAAUAAUGAUAAUGAUUAUUAUUUUUAAAUACCCAGUGAUCCGCAUUGUUGUAGCUCCUGAUGAGGAGGGAGCUCCGCCAAGGGGAGCCAAAGCAAAUAUUUGCAGCACGGGCUGAGAUUGCCCGAAGGAGGGGUUGCAGGAUGCAGGCGUGUGCUCUGAUGGCCGUGGAAAGGGAUGCUGGCUUCAUUCAGCGACUCGUGCUGAGGGUGUGCUAAGGGGAGGACAAGGGUCAUUGGCAAGAACUGGAUCUCUGCUUCAACCCCUAACAAGGGGCACACUGGAAAGUGCCAUUUUCAGAGUCAGACCAUUGGUCCAUGUAGUUCAGGAUUGUUGACACUGACCAGCAGCAGACUUCCGGGUUGGCGCCAUCGCCGAAUGGCGGACUCCCUCCGAGCUCCGGAGGGAGUCUGCUCGGCAGGGGCUGGGUCCUACCGCGCCGGCGACGCGGGGACCCUUAAAACCACGGGCACGGAGUCCGUGGACAUGGGUGACUCGGCUUGCACCAUUAGCGCCCUCCCGACUCGUGAAGGAGCCUUUUAAAGGCUUCGGAUCGGGUGCCGGGAGCGGCGUGGUGCUUUGAGUCCUCUGCUUUCCCUGCCGAGCGCAGCCGCAUGCCAUUCGACGGAGAGCGCUGACUUCUUCCAUUGAAAAUUUGGACUAUUAACAACAACCCGUGAGUAAUUGGGAAACCGGGUUCAAAAUUUCGGAUUUGGCACGAGCGGGGCGAUUUAAAAGGAAGUCAAUCCCCCCCCCCUACUGUAAGCAUUCCAAAACAAGGACUGGGUAACCAAGGUCCAAAGGGAAGUAUAUUCUUGAUAAAAACCAUUAAUUUCACGAUGGGAAAUUAUAAGAACUGUGCUGGAGGAGAAGAGUGGAGGGUGAGAAGAAAAAUGCAACCCCCCCCCCCUGGGAACCGGGGCGAUUCGUGGAGCCUGGUGAAGAGAGACGGAGACUUUGACAGCUGUCAAAGUGGCUGUCAAAGUUGGAGAAUAUAAAGAGGACUUUGUUAUGAGGACUUUGCCGGUUAAUUUUGCUACAAUUUGCUACAAUAUGGAUAUAAACUGUUGGAAAAUAAGCAACAAUUUGACUUUUGGAUUAGAGGAUACAAAGUUAUUACAAUCCCCUAGAGGGGUUUCGGGAUAUUACAAGAACGGUCGUAAGUGGAAAAAUACUCUGGGAUUCGCACAGGACUUGUUAUCUUUUGGGAAAGCUGCAAAACUGAAAUAGUAUUUUGUCUACAGAGGUAUUUACAUUAAAGGAGACAAUAGAAUUUUCUAUUGAAGAAAGGAAGGGACUGGACGUAAGUUUUGUUCCUGAAUAACAAACCUCUGCAGAGAUACCAGAUUUCUGAAUUAGAAAGUUUUAGCAGCUGAACAGGACAAGAAACCUGAGAAAGUGAGGAAAAGAAGAACAAAGGACUGAUUACGACACGGAAAGAACAACGGGAGGAGUGGUAAAGAUCAAGGAAAUUAAAGGCCUUUGUUAGAUUGGACACUUGAAGUUACAUAUUAUUAAUAAAUUAAAAGAAAACCGGCAAGAUGGAAUCGGGGAGAAAUUUGGUCAUGAAUUGAGACUUCCAAGCUGAUAAUGCAUAGACUGAUGGAUAGGGGGAAUUCAAACCGGGGAAGGGGGGGGGGGGGGAGAUUUGAAAUCCAAAGGCUGUGUAACCAUCUUUUGAAUUUUUCUAUAUCUUUUAUUUUUUAUUUUUUUAAAUAACUUACGCAUGUCAUUUUAUUUUGAUUGGACGUGUUUAAAUAAAGGGAAUUCGUGGAAGGAACUGGGGUGGAUAUUGGGGAAAAUCUUUUUCUUUUUCUUGUUAAUGAUGUGGGACGGUGGUAAGAUUUGUACAAUUCAAUUUGGAUAGUGGGUUAAACAAAUUAAGCUUCAAAUUGGGAGUGAGAGCUUGUAGAACUAAAUUAAGGAAAGGGGAAUACAGUCGGGGGGGGGGGAGGGGGGGAGUCCCAGAAAGUAGGCAAUGAAAGUAAGGUUUUUAAAUAUCUCUUUUUCUUUUUCUUUUUUUUCUUUGUAUUUUUAUAUUUUUGGAAACUUUAAUAAAUAUGAUUAAAAAAAAAAAAAAAAAAAGACACUGACCAGCAGCAGCCCUUGAGGGUGUCAGGCAGGCGUCGCUCCCAGUCCUUCCAGGAGGUACUGAAGAUUGGACCUGGGGAGAAGUGGUGUAGUGGUUAAGAGCGAUAGACUCGUAAUCUGGUGAACUGGGUUCGCGUCUCCGCUCCUCCACAUGCAGCUGCUGGGUGACCUUGGGCUAGUCACACUUCUCUGAAGUCUCUCAGCCCCACUCACCUCACAGAGUGUUUGUUGUGGGGGAGGAAGGGAAAGGAGAAUGUUAGCCGCUUUGAGACUCCUUCGGGUAGUGAUAAAGCGGGAUAUCAAAUCCAAAGUCGUCUUCUUCUUCUUCUUCUUCCUCCUUCCCCUCCAUUCACACUCCUGUUGCUUAGCCUGUUCCAGUUCCCCACAUCCCAGUACAGUGGUACCUCGGGUUACAUACGCUUCAGGUUACAUACGCUUCAGGUUACACACUCUGCUAACCCAGAAAUAGUACCUCAGGUUAAGAACUUUGUUUCAGGAUGAGAACAGAAAUCAUGCAGCGGCGGCAGCAGGAGGCCCCAUUAGCUAAAGUGGUGCUUCAGGUUAAGAACAGUUUCAGGUUAAGAAUGGACCUCUGGAACGAAUUAAGUACUUAACCCGAGGUACCACUGUAUAACUCCCCUGGAGCUAGACUUUCCUAGUUUCAAGAGACAGAGGGUUGUUCCAGACGCCCUGUUUCCUGAGUGUUUGUCCUAAUUUUCUUGCAAGAAGCUUACAAGGAGGGUAGACUGUGGCACAGUCUUAACCAAACUCUUGUUCUGAUUCAUUUAGGGGGUAGUUUAUAUAUGACAAUUUGUCCUGCAUUUGUCCUGACUUGCUUGCGGCAUGUUUUCAUGUCUUCUCGUUACUAAUUCAUUCAUUUCCAGACUUUUCAGAGCAUUUUCUCAUCACUUUCAAGAGCCCUUUAAUGCAUGUGUAUUUAAAUGCUGCCAAUCUAGCAGUUCGAAAGCACGUCAAAGUGCAAGUAGAUAAAUAGGUACUGCUCUGGUGGGAAGGUAAACGGCGUUUCCGUGCGCUGCUCUGGUUCGCCAGAAGCGGCUUCGUCAUGCUGGCCACAUGACCCAGAAGCUGUACGCCGACUCCCUCGGCCACUAAAGUGAGAUGAGCGCCGCAACCCCAGAGUCGUCCGCGACUGGACCUAACGGUCAGGGGUCCUUUACCUUUAUUUAAAUGCACACAGGGGCUGGCUGGAGGCACCCACAAAACCCAGAUUGUGGGAUAACCAGCCUCAUGUAACCAACAUGCUUAAGUCUGAUUAAGGCACAGAGGAGUUAAGACCACAGAGUAAGCUGCCCUGCCAGGCUUAGCUCACCUUGGAAGGAACUAGGUAAUCAGGCCUAGUGUUCUUUCCUGGUAUACCUGAUGAACUCAGCCUAUGAAGAGGCUACACUGAUGGCUCCAGCUUAGCCACAUGGCUCUAACAAGCCUUUCUUGAUAGAAAUACAUCAAUGAGACUCUUAAUUUCAGGGUUACGGGUUUGAGCCCCACGUUGGGCGAAAUAUUCCUGCAUUUCAGGGGAUUGGAUUAGAUGACCCUUGUGGUCCCUUCCAGGUCUACAAUUCUAAUUAUCUCUGGCAGGAGUCCUUCUCAGUCCUGCUACCUGGGACCCAUUCAUUCAUUCAUUCAUUCAUUCAUAAAUAUGAAUAUUUAUCUUGCCUCCAAGGAGCUCAAAAUUGCACACACUGUUCUUCCUCUCUCCACAACAUCCUCACAGCAGCCAUAUGAGGUAGGCUCUGUUGAGUGUUGGUGACUGGGCCAAGGUCACCCAAUGAGCUUCAUGGCUAAGUGGGAGUUUGCACCCUGAUCCCCCAGGCCCUGGUCCAACAUGUUAAACCGCUUGGACCAUGAAGCCUCACCCCACCUGUCUUACACCUGAUGCCAUACUGAACAUCAGGUGUGGGGCAGGUGAAAGCCUGGUUCAGCCUAAAGGGGGUUUGCAGGCUCAGCUGAUCGGCCGGGCCUGCAAAGCCUCAUGGAGAGUUCUGGGCAAUCUAGCACCUUGAAGGGGGCACCUGAGGACCUCAGUGGGCAAGAAGGAUCACCUGAUUUCAUUGUGACACCACAUGAUUGACAAAUGGCCAGCGCCACAGUGGGUGGGGGGAUGUAGUAAUCUGGCCCACCAGUCCCCUACCCCAUCCUGAUCUAACCACUACUGUGCUGGUCCCGGGGGGCGGGGGUUGCCGUGCGGUGUGGUCUGAGUCCGGUCCAAGUCAAGGAUAUGGAGGCUGUCCAUCAAGGGCGAAGCGGGCUCCAAGGCAAGGAGCCGGGCAUGGUCAGGAACUCUGGAAGAGCAGGACAGGGUGCUGGCAGGAACAGGUUACCAACAAUGUUGCUCCCGCAACCUGGGACUGGGCUGGCUGACCUUUGAGGCAUAGGGUGGUCCCGGCCCACAGGUGACUCGCCUCUCCUGGCCUGGAGGCGAGCACUCCUCCUGCAGGAACUUAUUUCCCUCCGCCUCUCUGCCCUGAGCCUCUGCAGCUCCGGAGAGGCUGGAGGGAUACUGGACCCAGAGGCAACCUCACCUUCCCCUGACAGGGCUGGGAGAGGCAAUGGGUCCUCAAUCACCUCCGGAGCCAGAGCAGAUUCAGCUGGUGUCUGCUCCUGAGGUGCGGGCCCUUCAGGUUCAAGCCCCUGCCCCAGCUCAGCCGGCCCUGGAGGCGGGGACUCCUGUGCAGGCUGGGAUUCCUCAGGUUCAGCCUCUGAAUUGGAUUCCCAGGCCAUCACAACUACACUAGUGUAGGACAGCAGGGGUUGAACCUGUGGACUUUGCGCACAGAGUUGCUCUUCCUCCGUAGCGCCAUGCCUGCACUCUGCCACUGGCUUCCCGUGAAAAAUCCAGGUGAAACUGGAUUCAGUAUGAGGUUGACCUCACCCCUUGGCAAAAGCACUGCCAUCCUGCUCUUAAUUACCCCUUGGCAGUGGUCAAGAGAGGAGUUUCACAACCGGUGGUGGAAAAUUAGAGGAGGAUUGAAACAGCAAUAUUGUGGCCUUUAGGAAUGUCUUGUUCAUUUCCUGCUCCCUUGCCAGAGCAUUAAGAUACGGACCGGUAGAGAGCUUCGGACCCUGAAUUGCUUGUAUAUUUGACUCACGGAGCUGAGCUACACCUAGUUCCAGCUAUUGAAAUGCCGGCAGCCGUCCCUGGCUCACAGGAACUGACCCUUCCAUUGUUGGAGGAAGCUGCGAUGACAUACAGGGUUUAUUACCUAUUCUUUCUUUCCAUGCGUGUGCGCGUUGAGGCUGGAAUUCCAGUGGGCUGGGGCAGCUGUCUGGGGAUACGUCGGGAAGACUCGCCUUAGCAGAGGAAUGCAAAGGUUAGUUGGGGAUGGAGAAUGAUGAGCCGCCAUUUCACCUCCAGGAUCUGCUCACCCCAAGUGAAGUCCUGGGGCUGCCAGACCCCCCAACCCCAUCUUGCAAAAUCGCCCACUGUCUUUCGUGCAUGUGCAGGGAUGACUUUCAUUGGCUACAAAAAAGCAAUAGGUCCUGCUGGGUUUUUAUGUGCGGUUCCUCAGCGGCCUCCAGUUCAGGGUUUCCCAAACUUGGGUCUCCAGCUGUUUUUUGGACUACAGUUCCCAUCCUCCUUGACCACUGGUCCUGCUAGCUAGGGUUGAUGGGAGCUGUAGUCCAGAAACAGCUGGAGAACCAUGUUCUGCAUCUGCUUGCCUGUUGAAGGUUCUGGUUCUGCAAGGAAGCUUCUGAUGGGCCCUGGAGCCUUCCUUGAAUUUCCAAUUGGGGUGACUUGGGUAUGUGUUUCUUUUUUUAAAUAUCAGGGUCCUACCCAGAGGCAGAGCUAGUCGCCCAUGGCGAGUGGUGAGCAUCCCAGGAUAGCGCCGCCCAUGGCAAGCGUCCCAGGGGGGCGGGGCGGCGAUGUCACCCCCACUUAGGGAUGACACCCGGGAUGGACCGCCCCCACCACACCCCCCUUCCUCCACCAGUGGUCAUACCAUCUUAUUUUGUUGUUGUUUAGUCGUUUAGUCAUGUCCGAUUCCUGAUUCUGCACACAGGAAACACACGAACAGCACAUGCGUGCAACGUGUGCUCGUGCCGGACACAUACAUAUCGGCACAUGCCUCUCUCACAAAUGUUGUUGUUUAGUCGUUUUGUCGUGUCCAACUCUUCGUGACCCCAUGGACCAGAGCACGCCAGGCACUCCUGUCUUCCACUGCCUCCCGCAGUCUGGUCAAACUCAUGCUGGUAGCUUCGAGAACACUGUCCAACCAUCUCGUCCUCUGUCGUCCCCUUCUCCUGGUGCCCUCCAUCUUUCCCAACAUCAGGGUCUUUUCCAGGGAGUCUUCUCUUCUCAUGAGGUGGCCAGAAUAUUGAAGCCUCAGCUUCAGGAUCUGUCCUUCCAGUGAGCACUCAGUGCUGAUUUCCUUCAGAAUGGAGAAGUUUGAUCUUCUUGCAGUCCAUGGGACUCUCAAGAGUCUCCUCCAGCACCAUAAUUCAAAAGCAUCCAUUCUUCGGCGAUCAGCCUUCUUUAUGGUCCAGCUCUCACUUCCAUACAUCACUACCCACUACCCAUCUGAUUAGGACCUGGUAUAAAGCGGGUUUAUACCAGGCCCUGUGGUGGAUGGUGCCUAUGGCUUGCAAAAUGACUUAGAUUGGGUAAAGUUCCAUAUUAGGACAAAUUCACGAAUGUUUACGGGCACUUUUAAAAUUGCAAACUGAUGCGAAAAUCUGGAGAACUGAACUUUGGAGCUGAAAAAUGAGAAAACUUAAAUUGGCAAAUUUGCUCAUGCCUAACCCUAGGCUUGGGAUGUGGGUGGCGUUGUGAGUUAAACCACAGAGCCUAGGACUUGCCAAUCAGAAGGCCGGCGGUUCGAAUCCCUGCGACGGGGUGAGCUCCUGUUGCUCAGUCCCUGCUCCUGUCCACCUAGCAGUUCGAAAGCACGUCAAAGUACGUAGGUACUGCUCCGGUGGGAAGAUAAACGGCAUUUCCGUGCACUGCUCUGGUUCGCCAGCAGCGGCUUAGUCAUGCUGGCCACAUGACCCGGAAGCUGUACGCCGGCUCCCUCGGCCAAUAAAGCGAGACGAGUGCCGCAACCCCAGAGUCGGUCAGGGGUCCCUUUACCUUUAACCCUACGCCUGGUCAAUUGAGUUUUUGAACUGCCUGCUAACUGUUGCGACUCAUACUGCCUUCCCAGGCAGGCAGCCUCACUCCCAGAAGGUUCCCGAUUCAAGCUCUGGAGUUCCUGACAGCCAGAUAAUUCGGCGGUUGCAUUUCCAUUUCACAUGGGGGUCCAUGCUAGAAACAGUGCUAAAAUAAAUUGGACUUGCCUGCUGCUCCUGGCAUCAUUGUUCCAUCCUCACAGACUGUCACCUCAUUGUGCCUGCCUUAUACAGCCAGCUCUGGGCCCUACUUCCUUUUUUUUAAUAGGAGUUGGGGGGGGGUGGUAAACCCAGAUUGAGCACACAACUUCCACCAUUCAUAGAUGCUCGUUCAUUCAUGAAAAUCAUGCCACCCCACAAAGGAAGGAAAAACCCAGCGUUGAACCGGGUGGAGGUUUCGUUGCCAUGCGGAGGCCGCUGACUCGAACCUUGUUGGAGUUUAGCUCAUUUUAAUCUUUGUUUUUACAGCUGCUCCUCUCCCCUCUCCUCUCUUUCGGGGGCUCUUUAUUACUCCUCGUUCUCUGGAGUGGCUUGUUAACAGCGUGGUUAUAUGUGCUCAUAUUUCUAUAUUGGGAUGAAACAUGCACACCCCAACGCCAGAUUCCAGUUGUGGGAGGAAAAAGGACUUGCUUGCUGCUUGUGCAGACGAGGACUACACCACUUCAGACUGCGGCCGAAGGAUACUUUCUUAUCAUUGUGUCCCCCCUCCAUUAAAUAUGCACACAGAUUAAAAACUGUAGUAGACAGGCGUGGGGAACUUUCUUCAUCCUGAGAGCCACAUUGUCAGGUGUGCGUGCAGGAGCCAGGUCCUGUGACCAAUAGGACUUUGCAGGACUGGGGCCUUCCUAAGUUUGUUCUGGAGAGGCAAGGCGCGGCCACACAGGUGAGGCCCAUUGGUAACUCACAGAACCUGGUGGCAAGAGCCAGGAAGGGAUAUAAGGUCAGCAGUUCCCUUCAGCUCUUUGCCACAGCAACUUCCUUCCUGCCUUUGGCUUCUUGCUUCCUGAUCCUUGAACCUCGGCUUCUUGACUGCCUGCUUCCUGAUCCUUGAACCUCGGCUUCUUGACUCCCUGCUUCUUGAUUCUUGGACCCUUGGCUUCUUGACUCCCGGCUCUCUGACCCUCGGACUCUUGGCUUCGACUCCUGGCUUUUGGACCCCCGUUCCUGCUCCCACCCCGCCAUCUUGCUCCCGGUUCUGACGUCCCCUGCCAGGACUUUGAUCGCCCGUGAACCGGACAGUGACGCACAUUCCCUUCUGCUCAGACUUCCAGGGGACACAUGGCCAGUGGUGGUUCAGACCAGAGGCAAAAGUGGAGAGCGCAGCAAAUGUGAAUUUUGCCUUCAUACAGUAGGCUUGUUUCUGUGUACAUCUGUCAGGAGCCAGCCAGUAGUAAAUCACACUGUGCGAGUUGGAGUUAACUCUUUAUUAGGAAGAACAAGAUCUGCACAGGAGUGUCAGGAAUAAUGAACACAGCAACUCAUCUCCGGUAGGUCUUGCAGUUGCUGAGGCUGAAGGUCCCCGUCUCCCCACAGCUGCCUAAGUCCCCUCCUCUCCAAGGUUUUCCCCAAGCAAUCUGAGACUGCGCCUGCAUGAAGCAAACAUAUCUGCCCUUUUCAUGCCUCUCCUGGUUCUGGGAGACCAGUGGGAAGGGGAGGUUGUCGCAGCAGGAGGGGGAGACACCCGCGACUCUUCACCAGCCUGACUCAUCUCUGCUCUUGUCUUCUUCUCCGGCCUUAGCUUCUGUCUCUGUUUCUGGGCUUCUCUCUGCCCCAGACUCUUCCGGCUCACUAAGCCCUGUUACCUCUUCAGCUUCCGACACCUUCUUUUCCUGGUUUUCUCCCUAUGACCGCUCGUCAUCACCCCACCACUGCUCCCCGGGCUCUGAGCCUUCUUGCCUUGGGGUUCCCCAGCUGGUUCCUCCCACUAUUCCUCUGUGUUCAACCUGUCCGUGAUACACUUUUCUUUAACCUCUGUCCAAGCAAAUAAUAAUAAUAAUAAUAAUUUAUUAUUUAUACCCCACCCAUCUGGCUGGGUUUCCCCAGCCACUCUGGGUGGCUUCCAACAGAACACUAAAAUACAAUAACCUAUUAAACAUUAAAAGCUUCCCUAAACAGGGCUGCCUUCAGAUGUCUUCUAAAAGUUUGGUAGUCAUUUUUCUCUUUGACAUCUGGUGGGAGGGCGUUCCACAGGGCGGGUGCCACUACUGAGAAGGCCCUCUGCCUGGUUCCCUGUAACUUGGCUUCUCGCAGUGAGGGAACCACCAGAAGGCCCUCAGCGCUGGACCUCAGUGUCCAGGCAGAACGAUGGGGAUGGAGACGCUCCUUCAGGUAUACUGGGCCGAGGCCGAAGCACGUCCAUAAUUCAAGGUAUCCCCUCUAGCUAGUCCAGAACACUCAAGGAGGGUGUGAGGGAGGGCUGUUGAAGAGUGUGGCCUGCGGAGAAGGCAUGUGGCCAGAGGGUGAGGCCCAAGGGCCAGAGAGAGAGACUCUGAGGGCCACACAUGACCCCUGGACCUUAGAUCCCCCACUCCUGGUGUAGGCAUUUCUGAGCUAGCUAGAACAAUGGUGCAAGGCAGCUUCCUUUAUUGGGGACUGUAUUGCAACGGGACAGGACUAAGCAUCCAGUCCUCAGCUAUUUCCACACUCUCAGAAAAUACAAAAUGUGGAUCAAGUCUCAGCCUAGGAUCAGGGAAAACUCCUCUCAGCCAUGAAGCUCAUUGGGUGACCUUGGUCCAGUCUCUAGGUCACAGGGCUGUUCUGAGGAUAAAAAGGGGUGGGAGGGGGGAGGAGGAGAACCACACACACACCCAUUUGAACUCCUCGAAGGAAAGAUGGGCUGUAACCAGAACAGGGAAGUGAAAUGCUAAUGUGCUUUGUUUGGACAGCAGCUUUAUCUUUUUUUAAAAAAAAAACAAAACUUUUUUAUUCAAAAUUAAAACAAAACAUAUUAUCCAGAAACAUAUCAUCCUUUUUCCUCCCUCCCUCCCCCCUCCCACACAAAACCCACCCACCCCCACCCCCGGCUUCCCUCAGUUCCAGUCUUUGAUUUCUCUAAAAAUGCUGUUUUCUGCAUGUUACACAGUUGUAUAGAUCCUCAAACUAUUUAGCUGAUUGUCAUCAAUAGAAAAGUUUGUGAAUGUUUAUUCAAAGCCAGCCAAGGAGUCCAGUUCUCUUUGUUGCGUCUUCAAAUACUUUGUAAAGGGUUCCCAUUCAUCUUUAAAAUCACAGUUAUCCUUGUCCCGUAGCUUGUAUGUCAGUUUUGCCAGUUCUGCAUAGUCCAUCAAUUUUUCUUGCCAUGAUUCUUUAGUUGGGGUUUCUUCAGUCUUCCAUCCUUGUGCUAUCAGAACUCUUGCGGCCGUUGUCGCAUACACGAAUAUGUUUUUCAGCUUUUUUGGCAGAUCUUUCCCUACAAUUCCUAACAAAAAUGCUUUAGGUUUUUUAACAAAUGUUAAAUGGAACAUUUUCUUCAAUUCAUUAUAUAUCAUUUCCCAAAUUUUUUAAAUUACAUUCCUAAUAAAAAGUCUUCUGUUAUUUUAAUUUUUUUUCAUUCCCUUAUAUAUCAUUUCCCAUAUGCUUUUAUUACCUUACAUAGGAUAAAAGGUGCCUUCUUUUUCUUUACAUUUCCAGCAGAUUUUAGUACCUGCCUUAUACAUUUUCGCUAACUUAAAGGUAAAGGGACCCCUGACCAUUAGGUCCAGUCGUGGCCGACUCUGGGGUUGCAGUGCUCAUCUCGCUUUACUGGCCGAGGGAGCCGGUGUGCAGCUUCCAGGUCAUGUGGCCAGCAUGACUAAGCCGCUUCUGGCGAACCAGAGCAGUGCACGGAAAUGCCGUUUACCUUCCCACCAGAGCGGUACCUAUUUCUCUACUUGCACUUUGACGUGCUUUCGAACUGCUAGGUUGGCAGGAGCAGGGACUGAGCAAUGGGAGCUCACCCCAACGCGGGGAUUAGAACUGCCGACCUUCUGAUCGGCAAGUCCUAGGCUUUGUGGUUUAAUCCACAGCGCCACCCGCGUUCCCUAUUCGCUAACUUACUAGGAAUCAGAUAUCACCGGUACAUCGUUUCCAUAUAGUUUUCUUUCAACGUACAGCGUGGCGAGAAUUUCAGGUCAGUUUUCCAUAACCUUUCCCAAUCUGAAAAUUCCAGCUCUCCAGGGUUUCAGGCAGCAACAUCCCUGGCCCUACCUUGCGGCACCAGGGAACGAACCCGGGACCUAUUUGCCUGCACGGAAACCGUCAGUCGUCCACACCUGCGAGCGGUGAUGGACAAGGGCCCCCCUCCUGCCUGCCUACACGAACAGAGCCAGCUCUCCUGGGUCUCAUUUGGGGGUGGGGGGUGGAGAUUGGAGACACCUAUGUAAACACUUCCAGGAAGCCGCCCCAGCUCACUUUCUCCAGCAUCCUGCUGCCGCUGGCACAUCAGCCUUGUUGCCAUCCAGCUGUGAGCGAGCGGGACCUGAGCUUCGGAAGAAGAGGCGUCUCUCCUGCUCUGCUCGGAGCUGCCUGCCCCACCAGCUCUCUGGAAAAGGUACUGGGGCUUGCAAAGUGGCUCCUUUCAGGGGUUUAGUGCAUCAGUGCAGACCCCUCCAGGAAGCCUUCAGCAAAGAGCAAAUGCAUUUCCGAAAGCUAUUUUCUUCUCAACGCAAGCUUAGGGAAUGCUUGUUUUGGGUAAUAAUCAUGCUAAUAAUCCCUAAGCUUGAGUGGGAAAGAAAAUACUUCUGAAGUAGUUCUCUUCGCGUGUCUGCAGCCCGCUGAAACCUUCCUGCUCCUGAUUAUAUGAUUUAUUUAUUUUCCCUUGAAGUCUGAGGUUUGAGGGAGUUUUUAUGAACUUUGUUUCCCAUAAGUUACAAUUUUGAAGAGGAAAUUCUGGGUCUGCGUGCACCUGAUUAUGCAUAUAUAAUACAUGUGCGCAUACAAACACACAUGUAUUUAAUGAGGUUUGAUGCACAGUCUUACAGAUUGUGAGAGCUGCUCAACAGCGAAUCAGACUGUCAUUAUUAGGGAUUACCGUAUUUUUUGCUCUAUAAGACUCACUUUUUCCCUCCUAAAAAGUAAGGGGAAAUGUGUGUGCGUCUUAUGGAGCGAAUGCAGGCUGCGCAGCUAUCCCAGAAGCCAGAACAGCAAGAGGGAUUACUGCUUUCACUGCGCAGCGAUCCCUCUUGCUGUUCUGGCUUCUGAGAUUCAGAAUAUUUUUUUUCUUGUUUUCCUCCUCCAAAAACUAUGUGCGUCUUGUGGUCUGGUGCGUCUUAUAGAGCAAAAAAUACGGUAGUUAUUGAAUUUUUCUACCACCCUUCCUCUGAGCACCACAGGGCAGAGGUUGCAUGGCUGUCAGUCAAGGACCUUCAGUAGUGAUUCCUGCACUGCAAGGAGUCAGACCAGAUGACAUGCGGGAUUCCUUCCAAUUCUAAAAAUCUAUGAUUCUAUUGUUGUUGUUGUUAGCUCGCUUAUGCUGGGAUUGAAGAUUAACAAAAGGCUUGCAGUAUUUUUUAAAACAGUCUUAUCAUUAAUUUUGGGGCUUUUAAACUGUGGAGAAUGGAUUUAGUUUUGAACUUACUGCAGACACAACAGUUUUCUGUAUUAGAAACAGGUGCCUAUUGCAAACAUGGAGAGUGAUGACUAUAUAUAAUUAUAUAUAAUUCAGGCGAUAUGGUAUAACUUGAAGCUAACAUGGUUCUACAGAUUAUUGUAUUACUAAUUAUUCACACAUUGUGCAAGACAUAUGCAGUUAUUUGGGCUACGCAGGCAGAUAUAGCCAUCUAGGUGUGUUUUGGGUGGGGUUGCUCUUGAAUUGAGUUGAUCCAAAAGGUGAUUGUGAGGUUUUGUCUGCAGCCAGCAAGCUGGCUCAAAUUACACCAAGCCACACUUUUCCAAUUCCGCUGGGUGCUGGUCUGCUUCUGAUGGCCAGCUUUUAAAGCUGACCCCCAGUUUGUGGGCCCAGUGUGAGAGCCAGUGUGGUAUAGUGGUUAAGAGUGGUGGACUCGUAAUCUGGUGAACCGGGUUCGAUUCCCCGCUCCUCCACCUGCAGCUGCUGGGUGACCUUGGGCUGGUCACACUUCUCUGAAGUCUCUCAGCCUCACUCUGUGAGGUGUUUGUUGUGGGGGAGGAAGGGAAAGGAGAACGUUAGCUGCUUUGAGACUCCUUAGGGUAGUGAUAAAGCGGGACAUCAGAUCCAAACUCUUCUUCUUCAAUCCUACUCUCCAGCAAGCAAAUUAUUCUGACCCGUGAAGACGAUACCGAUUUGGGCAGUAGCAAAAACAUUUACAAAACGAUAAUAGAUACAGCACUGUGGGGGUGGGCAGAGCUUGGUGCCAAAAUGGGGGUGCAAACUGCCUCCUCUCCAGUAAUCAGAUCGAUCCAUUUGGCAGUAAUCCUCCCUCCUUAAGUGCUUUGCAGAGAUCAGGCGAGCAGAGAGUUGGUGCCUCUGUGUGUCCACCUUUUGUGCAUAUAUGUUUAUUUUAUUUUAUUUUAUUCACACCCCACCCUUUUCUCCUAAGGAGCUUUUCUCCUCCCAGCUCCAUUUCAUCUUCACAACAACCCUGUGAGGUAGGUUAAGCUGAGAAUUACUUACUGCUCCCCAAGGUCACUUGGUGAGUGGGGAUUUGAACCCUGAUCUCCCAGGUCCUAGUCCAGCACUCUAACCACUGCGCCACAAUGACUCUCCUGUGUUUAAAAGUGCGUUGACAUCCCCCUUCCCUGCCAUGUGGCCUCUGGAGGCUUGACCAAGGGUAAAUAAAUACAGCUCACGAGCCAGAAAAGAUAAGUUCUGCUGACUCCAGGUGACCCUAUUUUUGCCCAGCUGAUUAUCGGACCUUACAAAGUGAUGGGCAUGGAGCUAUGCAAGCCCUGAAAAAUCAUAUGGUAGUCAGGGCAUGCGCGAUUUGCAGGUGUUGGACUGGGAGUGGUGGGCUUCUUGCAUGCAGAACAUAUACAAUGCUACCUCUGGUUACAUACUUAAUUCGUCCUUGAGCUCUGUUCUUAACCUGAAACUGUUCUUAACCUGAAGCACCACUUUAGCUAACGCAGCCUCCCGCUGCUGCCGCGCGAUUUCUGUUCUCAUCCUGAAGCAAAGUUCUUAACCCAAGAUACUAUUUCUGGGUUAGUGGAGUCUGUAAUCUGAAGCGUCUGUAACCUGAAGUGUCUGUAACCCGAGGUACCACUGUACUGUUCCACACUGGACUUCCACUGGGUGGAGCCGCUACACCAGCUUCACAGCAGGCGAGCCACUGUUGUUUGCCAGGAUAGGGAUGGGCAAGGUAACAAGGAGGUUGACACGGUGCAAAUGCAACAGCAGAACCCAUCCAGCCCUCACACUGACCUCCUCACUGAUUUGCCCUCCCCACUGUUCUCCCAGUAAGCCGCGAUGCUAGUGUGGUGUCUCUGCGUCGCCGGGGGAACCUGAUUCUGCACACAGGAAACACGCGAACAGCACAUGCGUGCAACGUGUGCUUGUGCCGGACACAUACAUAUCGGCACAUGCCUCUCUCACACAUGUUGUUGUUGUUUAGUCAUUUUGUCGUGUCCGACUCUUCGUGACCCCAUGGACCAGAGCACGCCAGGCACUUCUGUCUUCCACUGCCUCCUGCAGUUUGGUCAAACGCAUGCUGGUAGCUUCGAGAACACCGUCCCACCAUCUCAUCCUCUGUCGUCCCCUUCUCCUUGUGCCCUCCAUCUUUCCCAACAUCAGGGUCUUUCCCAGGGAGUCUUCUCUUUUCAUGAGGUGGCCAAAGUCUUGGAGCCUCAGCUUCAGGAUCUGUCCUUCCAGUGAGCACUCAGGGCUGAUUUCCUUCAGAAUGGAUAGGUUUGAUCUUCUUGCAGUCCAUGGGACUUUUAAGAGUCUCCUCCAGCACCAGAAUUCAAAAGCAUCAAUGCUUUGGCUUUUGAAUUAUGGUGCUGGAACUUGAUCUUGACUCAGAAUCGGCACAUCAAGCUCAUGAGCUUUCUGGCUGGACCACUGUUUGAAGCAGACUUCUGCAAUUGCUCCCAUUUUCAAAAAAUGUUUGCUAAAUGGGGUUUGCCGCAAUUGCCUCACUGGUUCAUGAGGUGCAUAGACCCUGCAGUAGAAGCUCUUGGUCAUCUAAAUUCACCUGGAACUGCACCGGAUGGAUGACGCCUGAGCUGGUGAUGUAACCGGCAGGUUUGCUCCGGAUUCUGUUGGCCGGUUCCCUUUCCCUCCACGAAACAUUUGGGAACAAAUGCGCUCUUGGGAAUGCACGACGGACACCUGGCCAAGCUCCUUUCCCACCAUGCAGAGUGGGCAGGCUUGCAAAGGCCAGGGACCAGAGAGGUCCCUUCCUUUUCGUUGUUGUUGCAAAAGCUACCUUCCGAAAGGGGCUGGCUUCCUUUUCCCCCCAGUGCUCUUGCUUCACAGAUCUUUCCAUGGCUUUGUUCUCUUUACGCCUCUGCUUCCUUUUCUCACUGGCUGCCCAGAGCCCUGGUCCAGCAGCCGUGACCCUUGGCCACCCACCUCCCUUUGCACAGGUGCCGAAAAAGACACCCCCUCUCUCACUGAACAGUGCCAGCCCCCUCCCUUUCCCCUAGGCCCAUUGUCUUUCCUUUCCCCCCCUUUUCUCGCUAUUAUAAAGCCUUUCUCGCCUUUGAACUCCAAGCGGAGCCCUUGUUUGCAUAUGAAUAUGGAAGGUGGAGCGGACGGCAUCUCUGGGUGGACUUUGGCAAGGACUACAAUGGGGGGGGUUCCCGUUUCCUUCCAUUCAGAAAGGGAUUCCAGUUAUAUGGUCUCUAGCUCCACUUCAUUUGAAAAAGAGGGGGAUAUGGUCAAAUGAAAAUAUGGGAAACAUGAUUGCUUCCUGUUAUGAAGGUUUCAGGAUCUGUGAUGGAUGCUUCAGAGAGAGAGACCCAGGGCCAGCCCUUGUUCCAACAGCUCCCCAAUGGCACCACAUCUCCUCAACGAUCCCUAUAAUCUCAGGAAAGGGAAGCAAAUAGCAAAGCAGCUAAUUAAUUGACAUCGCCUCUUACCAGAAGGCCACAGACAUUUUUAUCCCAGCUCUGCUGUUUUUGGAAAGAGAAGAGACGAAAAGGAGAGGGGAACUUUUAAAGAGCGUGCCAAGGCCGUCCCCAUCAAUGCGCCCAGAAUCUUCCUUCAUGUCCUGUUUUCCCCUCUCACUGUGCUUUGAGGUGUGCUGAUGUGCUGGAAAGGAAUGUGCUUUAUAAUAUGUGUUUGAUACUUACACUUUGUACAUGCUCCAGACCCUCCACGUGUCCCUAUUUUUCCAGGGACAGUCCUAGAAUUCCCUCUGUUAUGUACUGAGUUGAAUAGGAUCCAAAAUGCAGCAGUCUGAUUGGUCCACAGGAGCCACCCAAUCCAGCUCCAGGUGGAGGUGAAUCUGCAACCUGAUUGGCCUACAGGAGAAUCCCAGAAUUAGCCAAUCACGUGGGGCACAUUGUGUAAAUAAUGUAUCUAAAGCAGACAUUCUGGGGGAACUUCCAUUCCUCCUCAACACUAUGAGCUGAAUAAAGAGCAUGAAAUCCGCUCUCAACUCCGAGUAUAUUUCACCCUUCUUUUCCUUAGGACAUCCCGAUUUUCACCAGAGAAAUGUUGGAGGGUAUGGUGGGAUGUCCCUGGAGAAAUGUAGGAGGGGGACACCUCUAAUUUCAUUGGAGAAAUGUUGGGGGCUUUUUGCAUGCUCCCAUUUACUAUGCUUCCACUGCUGGUUUGAGAAGCAUGCUCAUCCUGUAGUUAUCCCAUCAUUUCUACUGCAUUUUGAUGCAUUGUGUUAAGUUGUGGGUGAACAUAUCCGACGACACAGCGAUUCUUCAAACAGCUCUUGUUUAUUCACAGGCCAGAACAGAACUGGGCUGAAGGGUUCAGCCAACCUGCUUAUAUAGUGCUCAACUACAAAGCAACAGUAACAACUUUCUGUAACUAUCCAAUCACUGAACGUCACUUUCAAUUCCUUAUUUGCAUAUGUGGACCUGAGUGAAAACUAUCUACAGUCUCCCCCUGCUGGCCCAGGGUGAGAACUUCAGUACAUAACACAUUGUCCCCCAAACCAGAUUCAAUCCACAUUGGGGAAAAAGAACAACUAGCUGCAUCGUAAGCCAGUAAUGUGUAUGCAGCCUAAGUCAGACCACUGGUCUAGUUCAGUGCUGUCUACACUGACUGGCAGCAGCUCUCUCUCCAGGGUUUGUGGCUGUGAACCUUUCCCAACCCCGCCUGGAGACACCAGCAAGGAUUGAGGUUUUCCUCCCUCUUGUAUCUUAAUUUUUUUUCUAUCUCUGCAAGCAUUUCAAUUGGUUACACUUAUUACUUUUACUGUAUUUUGUAUGUGUUUAUAUCAGUAAUUUUUUUUAUUUAAAGAAAGAGAGAGGAAAACGAGAAAAGCUGAGAUUCUCAGCAUGUGAGAAUCUGUGCCCCUACACCAGGCUCCCUCAACCUCGGGCCCUCCAGAUGUUUUUGGGACUACGACUCCCAUGAUCCCUAGCUAGCAGGACCACUGGUUAGGGAUGAUGGGAGUUGUAGUCCCAAAACAUCUGGAGGGCCAAGGUUGAGGAAGCCUGCCCUAUACCCAGUCCCAGACUUGUGCUGCUGAUCAUUUCUUCCAUCGCUGUAGUGAAGUAUUUCCUUCCAGGGCUGCAACUGAAAAUGCUGUUAAGCAUUACUGCAGAUAGCCCCAAAUCUCUUAUCUGCCCCAGAGAACUGAAAGUCCUCCAUCUGAUGUAGACAAUAUUCAUUCCACCAAAUGCCUUAAGAAGCCUCUGCCUGUGGAACGAACAGAGAAGAUCGUUCCCUUUCCAGAUCCGCUGGCAGCUUCGAGAGACGCAGCCCUCAUUCUUCUCCCGCUGAGUUGCCGCUCAAAAAUAGAGGCCCAUCACUGCUUGUGGAACUAACGGAGAUCGUUCCCUUUCCAGCUCCGCUGGCCAGCCUUGAGAGACGCAGCCCUCAUUCUUCUCCCCCAAGUUGCCGCUCAAAAGCAGCUCAAAAAUAGAGGCCGGUUGUGUAAGGGCAGUGUCUGUCUUUCCCAUCACAACUUGUGUGUGAGCUCCGCCAGCGAGCGGCUUUGCUGUGCAACAACUCGAAGUGUGGCAGGGGCUUUCUUUCCUUGGGGGCAAAUGUUUGGGUGGAAAACAAGCUGGAGCAUUUUGUCCUUGUCUUGGGAAGGAGCCCAGAUCGCUCAGAGAAGGGAAAAACCUAGCCGCAAAUAAAUCACGGAGAGCCAAGGUCAGCGUCAUAAAAGAUUUCUUUGUACUUGAGUUUGAUAGCAGAGUGCAAAACAUGGAGUCAUGUGAGCCGGCAGGAGGGGGACCCUGAAACUCAAGGGGUGGAGUUGGGGGGAACUGGAGCCAUGUGAGAGAGGAAGAUCACAGAGCUGGCAGGGACCUCAAGUCCAGUCUCCCUGCUACAGCACUGACGAUAGGUGGCUAUUCAGCCUCUGCUUAAAAGCCUCAAAGGAAGAAGAGUCAGUCUGUUCCACCGUCAAAUGGCUAAUACUGGCCUAAUAAUAUUUACUCAAAGUCCACCCCCUUUCUUAUAAAUUAAAACUGAAAUACUUUAUUGUCACUUGUACAACUUGUAUGCAGUGAGAUUACACGAGCACCCCCCACUCAGCUCUCUUAGUCUUAAUUCCCCUCGUUUACUGACACACACACACACACCCAACCCGAAAGUCAGUUGUCCUGUUGUUAUCUUUUCAUUCAGCAGCCUAUCAGCCCAUGGAUAGAAGCUGUUCUUUACCCUGUUGGUGUGACUAAUUGUGCUUCUAUAUCUUCUGCCCGAGGGCAGGAUAUCAAGAAAGUGCCGGCCAGGGUGUGAAUAAUCCCUGAGAAUUUCCCUCACUCUCCUGAGGCAACAUUCUUCCGUGAUGUCAUUCAGCGGAUUCACGGGACAGCCCAUAAUAUCUUGUGCUGUAUUCACCACCCUCUGUAGGCACUUCCUAUCAGUUGAUGUCAAACCAGUGUCCCACACCAUGAUGCAGUAGGAAAGGACACUUUCUAUUGUUGACUGGUAGAAGGAGAUAAUCAAAUGUUGAUUGACAUCGUUCUUCCGCAAUACUCUGAGGAGAUGGAGUCUCUGUUGGGCUUUCUUAACCACCUGGUUUGUAUUAUAAUUUGAACCCAUAAGUUUGGGUCUUGGAGCAAAGAGAGAACAGAUUUGCUCCACCACCUUUGUGAAAGCCCUAUUCAGAGAGAACAACCAGAUAACCUCUUAGUCGUCCCAUAAUCACUAGUCUAAAUAUACCCAAGUCCUUCAACGUUUCCCUCAUUGGACUUGGACAGAAGGACCCUUGCCAUCUUUGUCACCCUCUUCUGGACACAGAAUGGCAUUUUAACUUCGAUGUAGAAUGGAGGUUAGGCCAUGUGCAUAGCUGCCCGCCCUAAAUCAAGUAAAUAUAUAAAAAAAUACUUAACUAACUGACCAAAUCACAUUGCAGAUAGCUCGGUUCUGCCCCAACCCAACAUAAAUCCUGCCUCCUCAAACAUAAAUCCUGGCUACACCCAUGAAAAAGCAAAAAAAGCAGAGACAUCGCCUUGUCAACAAAGAUCCGUAUAGUUAAAGCUACGGUUUUCCCAGUAGUAAUGUAUGGAAGUGAGAGCUGGACCAUAAAGAAGGCUGAUCGCCGAAGAAUGGAUGCUUUUGAAUUAUGGUGCUGGAGGAGACUCUUGAGAGUCCCAUGGACUGCAAGAAGAUCAAACCUCUCCAUUCUGAAGGAAAUCAGCCCUGAGUGCUCACUGGAAGGACAGAUCCUGAAGCUGAGGCUCCAGUACUUUGGCCACCUCAUGAGAAGAGAAGACUCCCUGGAAAAGACCCUGAUGUUGGGAAAGAUGGAGGGCACAAGGAGAAGGGGGCAACAGAGGAUGAGAUGGUUGGACAGUGUUCUCGAAGCUACCAGCAUGAGUUUGACCAGACUGCGGGAGGCAGUGGAAGACAGGAGUGCCUGGCGUGCUCUGGUCCAUGGGGUCACAAAGAGUCGGACACAACUAAACGACUAAACAACAACAACAACAACACCCAUGAGAGAGGCUGUAAAACAUCCCCACAAACGAAUCAGAAUGAAUAUUCAACUAAAACCAAACAUAGUCUAACCUCCAUGUAAGCUUUUUGAAAGCAAGUCAGGAUGAAUGCUGAAUGAACAGUUGAGCUAGACGAAUCCUGGUUGGGGUGUGUGGAAAUAUAUGACUUAGAUGGGACAUUUGUUGCCUUGGUUUUUGUAGCAUGUACAUAUGCAUCUGCACAUAUAAAUUAGCAUAGGCAAAAACGGGCAGAUUUGUGGAUAUGAACCUGUGUCCCAAAUCUUGUACCUAGCCAUGGUCCUGACCUUCAGCUGGACUACCAAUGGCAUAGGUCUUAAGAAGAUGUAACCACUUCUGUAUUAUACUUGCAUUCAUUCCUUGCAUUAUGUUAAAUUGAGCUUUGUUCAUAGCCAGGCUUGCUUUUCCUUUGACCUCUCCUUACUGUCCUUCCCCUUGUGAACUUCAUUUGCGUGUGUAGUUCUUUUUUAAUCCCCAAAAUACGAUUUCCUUUUGCCUUGCGUUGUUUCCAAGGGAAGAUUCUGCUACAUUGCUGCUCCGAAAAAGCUUAGUCUGUUCUGUGUUGUGCUCGUGGCACUGAAGCCCUGGACACUGAUUGGCUGAGGUGACAUUGUGGAAUGGAAUGCUCAGUUUCUCCAGGAACCCAGCAGUUUGAAGUCCAAGUUCUGUGAGGAAAGGGAAAGUUGUCAGUUUGGCUGGGAUGGAAAUCUCACAUGGGCAGUUAACUGGGAGAUUGUUUGGAACGUGGGGCAGAGACGGGCAAAGUGUCUAAAAAGGAAGGGUGUAUAGUAGACAACAAGCUGAGAAAAAUGAACUGGGAAUAAGAUUAAAGGGCAGAGGAGACAAGGAAUUGAAGCAAGAAGGAGAGAUUAAUCAGCAAAGGCGCUUCAAAGAAACCUCACAACAUUUUAAGCCUUAAAAUAGGCUACUAUGCUGGCAGGAAACUGCUCAGUCUGUCGUUUUUUCUACUUGUCGGAACUUUUGCCUAGCUUUUUAUGUGCAAUGAAUUUGCAUUGAUUUGUAGCCAGUUGUCAGUCAUUCAAAAUGAGGAAUCCAGCUGGUGUUGGAGAAAGGAAAACUAGCACAGUGUUGAUACUUAAUAAGAGGUGGAUCUGAUAUCCAAGAGAGAAUCUGACCCGGUUUUCUAUUCUCAGAGCUGUUGUCCUGCUGGGUGAAGGUUUCUCUUGUUAAACUCUUGCUGACAGCUUAACCUUCCAUAUCUAAUUAGUGUUUAUCUGAGCUUCUGAGCUUCUCUCUGAAAUACAUGGUUAGCUGCCUGCCAGACCAAAUAUUUGGCCAGUGUUUAUGACUUCCCUGCUAUUUUUUGUUACUCCAUACACAAACACUGUACCAGAAAUGCUAUGUUUUUGUAGUCCAUAUCUAGUUAGUGUAAUAAACCUUUGUUCAGGGCUGAAGGGGGGGCUGUUUAUGUGUUUCCAUUGUUUGUGCUUUGGCAAAAGCUUUCCAAAGAAUACCUAGACAUUUGGAUAAGUGCUUCCGAAACUUUUGACAGCAGAGGAACCCUUUUUAUUCUGAAUUAAAACUGGACAUAGACUUCAAGCUUAUGCCAGAGCAGGUUUACUCUAAUGGAACUUAUUUGCUGCUUCUCUGUAUGAAUCACUGCUCAGUAUGCCUUCUGAUUCGAAGGAUGCGAGCCCAGAGUGGGGUCUCAGGCAGAAAUCCAAAAGGCAGGCUCUUUUGACAGCUGGUAAUUGUUAAGUAUAAUUGUUUGAUUGACACCGGAAUGGAACAUGCCUGUGUGCAUCGCUGAAAGGUUUGACACUGAAAAUUCCACUGGAGUAUAGUAAGCAGUCUCUGAACUCCUAGAUGGGUUGAUAAUUAACUGCUGCUGUAUUCUGCUAGCUAACACGUGAGUGUUUAACCUUAGAUCAGGUGACAAAGGUAUUUGGUUGCAAAUCUCCAUUUUGAAAGGAUGCCUUUAGUCAUUGUUCCCAAGCUCCGUGGAAGUAAGGAUGUCUGAUGUAGCUCACUCAAGGAGCGCAUAGCCUCAGGCUAAUGGGGGCUGUAAAGAGAGAAAGAACUUUGCUUAUAGGUCUGUUCAGAGUAUUUCACAUUUUCUAAGAUGCUGAGCCUAUGCCGGACAGAACAAGAUGUCUUAUGGAAUUAUUUGGAUGUAUCUUUGAUGUUUUUGCUCUGUUGCGAAGAAAGUUCUGCAAGGAAAGUUUUGAAUAAUGUCUAAUGGGUCUGGACCAGGGGUCACCAAACUUUUUCAGCACUGUCCCUCAGUGCUGUCCCUCAGACCUUGUGGGGGGCCGGACUAUAUUUUGAAGAAGAAGAAGAAAAAAGAAUGAAUUCCUAUGCCCCACAAAUAACCCAGAGAUGCAUUUUAAAUAAAAGCACACAUUCUACUCAUGUAAAAACACGCUAAUUCCCGGACCGUCUGCAGACUGGAUUUAGAAGGCGAUUGGGCCGGAUCCUACCCCCGGGCCUUAGUUUGCCUACCCAUGGUCUGGACAAUGCUCCAUCCCCAAAGGAGUCUAUUUUUAAGCAUCCAGUUGCUUCAAGCUGUGCAGUAUUAAUUUCUGCAAUAGUAAUUCCGUUCAUUGAAUUGCUCCAACCGGACUGAAGGCAGAGCACAAUUACCUGUCCUUCACAGGUAACUGGACCACUGAGACCAGCAGGCUCCAUUGCAACCCCAUAUAUGUGCACAACGUUCGCAUUCACCUACAAGAUACAUCCUGUAAUAGACUGUCCAAAAUGUAUGGAGUAUAGAUCACAAUAACAUGGAGCUGCUGCACACAAGGCUACAUGUUUCCAUGGACUUCCCUUUCUCUCUGUCUAUAUAUAUAUAUAUAUAUAUAUAUAUAUAUAUAAAAUAAUAAUUUUUAUUGCAUUUUCAAUGUUAUCAUAAUCACAGUUUCCAUACAUAAUUCAGUAAACUCAAACAUCACUCUAUCCGAGCACCAACCUCCUCCUGCCCCUCUCUGACUUCCGUUCAUAUUUACUUUAUUCUUAGCAUUUCCAUAACCACUUUUUUUACCUUCUCUCUUAUUUUUAUAUUUCCCCCCCCAUUAAAUGUAAAUCAGUUCCUUAUAUUCCCAUUACAAAACAUUUCAAUUCAAAGCUACAAACGUUUACAAUGUUCUUUCAUAUAUAAUAUAAAUUUGCUCCAGUCCUUUUGCUCCAGUUCGUCACACUGAUUCCGGAUCUCCCCCGUCAACUUUGCUAACUCUACGUAUUCCACCAUCUUUAGUCCGCCAUUCUUCCAAUGUUGGAAGCACCUGCGAUUUCCACUUCUGAGCCAGAAGUACCCUUGCGGCCGUUGUGGCAUACAUAAACAGAUUCACAUCUCUUUUUUUGGAAUUUCAUCUCCAAUUAAACCUAACAAAAACAUCUCUGGUUUUUUAUUGAAAUUAUAUUUAAAGAUCUUUUUUAAUUCAUACCAUGGACCUCCCUUGGAUUGUGCUCAAGGAAAGUUGGGAUUAUAGCCUUUCCAACACAGCGUGCCCUAUCUGUGGUGUGUCCAUUUCUUUUUCAUCUUCCUGUGUCUGCCUCAAGUCCAAAGCAGCUUUCUGCUCCCCCUCUCCAAGACAGCGGCCACCAGGAAGAGGUGAGUUCAGGAAACGCAGGAAGUUAUUUAAGGAGGAGGGUGCCCAUCUCCUAAGCACAUGUUUAUGCCUGAACAAUAUCUUGUUUAAAAACCAUUUUAGGACUCCGCGGUGACAAUGAUGGCCUUGAUAAAGGGCUGCGGCCGCAAACUACAGUCCAGCAGCUGCAGGAGCGAGUCUCCAGCUGGCAGAUACAGAGCUACUUUUCCAGGCUUAGAAAAUUAAUUGGCAUUGCAAUGUGAAUUUCGCCUGCGCCGCACAUUUUUAAUGCAAAUUUUGUCUCAUUUCUGCAGAGCAUUUGCCCCUAAAAUCAUGCAUUUUUGUAUGUUGUUUUCACAAAUACAUGCAUUUUUUAAUGCAAACUUUACCCAGGUAUAUGCAUUUGUUUACUUGGCUAGAGAAUACCCUUGCAAAACUCACAAAAGGUAAAGAGACCCCUGACCGUGGCUGACUCUGGGAUUGUGGCGCUCAUCUCGCUUUACUGGCUGAGGGAGCCGGCGUACAGCGUCAUGUGGCCAGCAUGACUAAACCGCUUCUGGCGAACCAGAGCAGCGCACGGAAAUGCCGUUUACCUUCCCACCGGAGCGGUACCUAUUUAUCUACUUGCACUUUGACGUGCUUUCGAACUGCUAGGUUGGCAGGAGCUGGGACCGAACAACGGGAGCUCACCCCGUCGCGGGGAUUCGAACCGCCGACUUUCUGAUCGGCAAGCCCUAGGCUCUGUGGUUUAACUGAAAACUCAUAGGAUGGCUGUAUUCUGGUUCUCUAUUCUGGUUCUCUAUUGCAAAUUAGGCAGGUUUGCAAAUUAAAUUCUCAUCCACCCCAAAUUGUACAUCUCUUUAUCAGUACUGCAAGGCAGAUGAUCUCUCCCAGAGGCUUCUUAUCUUCCUAUCUAACACCAUCACAACCCUUGGUUGAAACAAUAAAAUCUGCCCUUACUCUCUUCCUAGCUGUCUAGCAUGACAUCCUCCCGUUGUCUUCCCCCACAUAAACAUUAUUGUCUCUAUUCUUUUCUAAAAGUUAUUCUCGGUCCUUGAGGUUUCCUCCCUUCUUUGUAUUUAUUUUCUUGUUUCUAAACUUGCAUCAGUCCUGUUUCUCGCUUGCAUCCCAUUGUUCCCUGGGAUGAAACGUCCGUCCCUCUUGAAAUUGCAACAUGGCAAAACUUCCUGGAGGUUCUGGUAGACUCUGGAGUCAGUCUCUCAUUUUAGGUUUCAGAGGAAAUGUCUAGAUCUCUCUUGCUGCUGGAAAUCAGACCAGCACGAGAGCCUAGUUCUUUCUUAAGAUACACAAUACAUAUGCAUGCAAUUUUACAGUGGCCGCUUAGGUGUCCCCACAAAGAAAGGACAAGAGAUUUGUAUAACAUUUAUAUGUAUAUAGAGAGAGGAUUAUAGAAACAAUUGCCAUAACUUAGGAAGAAACACAAUUCAUCUCAUCAUCAUCAUCAUUUAUUUGUACCCCACCCACUUUGACUGCGUUGCCUAAGCCACUCUUCCAACAGAAUAUAAAAACAUAGUGAAACAUCAAACAUUAAAAACUUCCCUAAACAGGGCUGCCUUCAGAUGUCUUCUAAAAGUCAGAUAGUUGUUUGUUUCCUUGACAUAUGAUGGGAGGGCAUUCCACAGGGUGGGUGCCACCACCGAGAAGGCCUCUGCCUGGUUCCCUGUAACUUCACUUCUCGCAGUGAGGGAACCACCAGAAGGCCCUCGGAGCUGGACCUCAGGGUUCGGGCAGAUUGAUGGGUGUGGAGAUGCUCCUUCAGGUAUACUGGACCGAGGCCAUUUAGGGCUUUAAAGGUCAGCACCAACACUUUGAAUUGUGCUUGGAAACAUACUGGGAGUCAAUGUAGAUCUCUUAGGACCAGUGUUAUAUGGUCCCAGCAGUUGCUCCCAGUCAUUAGUCUAGCUGCUGCAUUCUGGAUUAGUUGCAGAUUCUGAGCCACCUGCAGCCCCACAGAGAGCGCAUUGCAGUAGUCCAAGUGGGAGAUAACCAGAGCAUGUACCAAUCUGGUGAGACUGUGCGCAGGCAGGUAGAGUCUCAGCCGUAUAUCAGAUGGAGCUGUUAGUAUGGUAGGGAUACUGUGACCAGGUGAUUGGUUUGCCCGCUCAGUCUGCUAUUCAGAUGCUAACAGCUAAUGGGCAACUUCCAGGUCCUCCCUGCCUUUCUAAACCAUAGUACACCAAUUUUAUUCUUAACAUUUUCUGUCUGGCUUGCAAUUCAUCUCUGGGUCCAGUUCAAGGACUGAUAAAAGCCCUUGGUACAUCUCUCCUUCUCCCAUAUGCCCCUACCCUUACCUUAGCAUUGUCCACUAAGGCUGUUUUCAGUGUGCCCUUUUGGUCUGAAGUUCAGAAAAUGGCAGCGGAAGGGCCUUUUCAGUGGUGGCCCCCCUGGAUGUAUAAUUUCCCCAGGAAAGCUCACUUGGUGCCCACCUAAUGGUCAUUUCAGCACAAGUCUAAGAUUCUUAGGGAAGGGCUGUAGCUGAGUGAUAGAGCACCUGCUUUGCAUGCAGAAGGUCCCAAUCCCCAGCAUUGCCCAGUUGGACUAGGAAAUCCGCCUCCUGAAAUUUUGGAGAGCGGCUGUCAAUCAGUGCAGACAAUACUGAGCUAACUGGACCAAUGGUUCUGACUCGGUAUAAGGCAGCUUCCUGAUUUCAAUUCUUCUGUUUUACCAGAGUUUUUAAGAUAUUUGGUGAGUGGGGAGCUAACUUCUGUUUGCUGGGUUUUCGCCCUUGUAUGUGACAGUUGGUUUUCACUACUGUGCUUUUUAAAAAUUGUUUUUUAUUAUGUGUUUGAUUUUUUUAUGGUGGUUGGAGUUUUAAAAGUUCAUUGCGGGUUUUUUUUUUAAUUGCAUCUUGGUUUUAUGGCUGCAUUUUAUUGUGCGGCGCCUAGAUAACUUUUUUAAUGAGGUGUCUUAGAAAGACAAAUAAUAAAUGCAUGCACAUCAUUUUUUGGCUGCUGUCUUCUGCACUUAUCAGGGAGUAAAUCCCAUUGAACUCUGCUGGGUUUACUUCUGAGUAGAUGUGCGGCGGACUGGGCUGUUAGCAUCUCAAGAGGGAGGGACUGUAAUUCACUGGUAGAGAGUUUGCAAUUGUGUACAGAGGACGCGGGUGGCGCUGUGGGUUAAACCACAGAGCCUAGGACUUGCUGAUCAGAAGGUCAGCAGUUCGAAUCCCCGCGACGGGGUGAGCUCCUGUUGCUCGGUCCCUGCUCCUGCCAACCUAGCAGUUCGAAAGCACGUCAAAGUGCAAGUAGAUAAAUAGGUACCGCUCCAGCAGGAAGGUAAACGGCAUUUCUGUGCGCUGCUCUGGUUCACCAGAAGCAGCUUAGUCAUGCUGGCUACAUGACCCGGAAGCUGUACGCCGGCUCCCUCGGCCAAUAAAGCGAGAUGAGCGCCGCAACCCCAGAAUCGGUCAUGACUGGGUCUAAUGGUCAGGGGUCCUUUUACAGAGGUCUCAGGUCUCAUCCCUAGCAAACGGGUCAGGAAUCAAAUUAUGACAAAGACCUCUGUCUGAGACCCUGCAGAGCUCCUGCAAGCCAGAGUAUGCAGUACUGGGGGCAAAUGGGCAAAUGGUUGACCUGGUAUAAAUCAAAUUCCUGUAACAUGGUGACUUCCAGAUGUUGGACUCCAACCCCUAUCAGUUCUGGUCAGAGGAUGAUGGCAGUUAAUAGUCUAACAUCUGGGGAUGAAGAAGGCUCCAACUAAGAGUUUGUCCAACACACUCACACCCUUUUCUCUUGCUUUAAGGUCUUGGAAAUCCCAAACAUUAUCCCUGAACACAGGGCAAAGUAUUGAAUUACUUUCCCGCUAAUUGCACAGACUGGUGUGGAUGCAGUACAUUGCCAAUUGAUACAUUUAAUUUAUUUGCAGACUAAGCAAAGUGGGUAAGCCCCUCCCCACAAAAAAGUGUUAUUUACUGAGCUUGGAUCCUAGAACAAUAGACAGGUAGUGAAAUAUACUCGGAGUCGAGUGUGAAUUUCAUGCUCUUUAUUCAGCUCAUAGGAGCAAUGAAUGAAACUUUCCCCAUUAUUUACACAAUGGGCCCCGCAAGAUUGGCUAAUUCCGGGCUGCUCCUGUAAGCCAAUCAGGUUGCUGAUUCACUUCAUCCAGGAGCCUGAUUGGCUGCUCCGGCAGGCCAAUCAGGUCGCUGAUUCACUUCCACCUGGAGCUGGAUUGGGUGGCUCCUGCGGAUGAAUCAGAUUGCUGCAUUCUGGAUCCUAUUGUUCUAGGAUUCAGCUCAGUACAUAACAGGUAGGAUCCUAGAAUGCAACAACCUGAUUGGCCUGCAGGAGCAGACCAAUCAGGCUCCAGGAGGGAAGUAGAGUCAGCCAAUCACACAGGACCCAUUGUGUAAAUAAUGUAUAUAAAGCCUGAGGUUUUUGGGGAGGAAAUCAAUCACUGUUCCUAUGAGCUGAAAUAAAGAGCAUGACUUGACUCUUAGUAUAUGUCAAAAAGCCUUUCUCCAGUUGCAGAAAUGUGGAUAUUUGGGGGGAAACCCACGCAGAAUUUCAGGCAUCAUAAAUUCUUACUUUAUGAACUGGCUUUCUGGGCUACAGGUUGAAGCCAGCUUCCUGCCCCGGAAGUUGCCAAUAGCUUCUCAGUGUUUAAGCGGACAAAUGGCUUUCCUGCUCCUUCCUUGAGGAGUCUUUCUUUCCUGCCAGUGACUCCCCUCCAGAUCCCAGCCCAUGUGCUUCCCAGAUGUUUCUCAUUAGUCACGCUUUCCGUCCUCCAAAUCCGUUACUGAUGCCCUAGACUGGCGCUCUUAACUUUCGCCCAAUAAGGGGAAAGCAAAACACAGCAAUGUUAAACCAGAAGGAUUUUAAGGAGAGUUUCAGAGUGGGGUCUUUUUUCCCUUUCCUUUCCCCCUUUUUCCUUUUAUAAAAUCCCUGCUUAGUCAGCUUUUUCCAGCACAGGACGCAUGGAUGGACCCAGUGAGAGCAAAGACUGGAAUACCUUUCCGUCCACUCCCAUGAAACUUUUGUUCGAAGGCUUCUCCUUUUCCUCCUGAGAAGGAAAACGUGGCUUUUGCUCUUAGCCGUUGCCCCAGGGUUGUUGGGAUUUUUUCGCGGGGGGAAUAGAGGUGGAGAAGGGGGGUGGCAGCUUCGUUGUUGGAAAGGCGGAGUCCGGCAGGAUGUGUUUAAAAGUUCGCUGAAAAGUCUCCUUCUCCAGCUGGUGGGGCGUUAGUUUCACGAGACAUUUUCCUGAUGGGGAUUCAUAUUCCCCGCUGCCUUCCUGAAGAAACGGUGGUUGCGGAAAAACUUCCUUGGGGAGAUCUGGAUGGCAAGGGAGCCUUCAGCCAUGCCUUUGUGAGUAGCUUAUUCCUAUCAAUUUCUCUCUGUUUUCAUCUCACGGCGUGAGAAUCGGGGGAAGAAUGGAGGGGAUACCCAAACAGGGUGGGUGAGAAUGUGUUAUAAAAAUGAAAUGCUACCAAACGACCGCAUUUUAGUUCUCCUGCUUUCUUUUCCACCGCCUCAAACCGCGCUUUUCCUUAAUCCUCAUCAUGCAUGAGUUUUCCAGACCCACCAAGUAACCCUGUUUUCCAGAUUUACAGAUGCCGUCCCGGUCUCUGAAUGUCCCGUGUUUCCUUAGGACGUCCCUAUUUUCACCGGAGAAAUGUUGGAGGGUGUGGACUUCUCCUGGGCUGCCUAUCCCACCUCUCUCAUUCCCUGUUAUCUGUAGAACACAUUCCUUGCGUUAUGUGCCGGCCUUUGGAGCUCGUGUAACAUAGAAUCAUAGAAUCAUAGAGUUGGAAGAGACCACAAGGGCCAUCGAGUCCAACCCCCUGCCAAGCAGGAAACACCAUCAGAGCACUCCUGACAUAUGGUUGUCAAGCCUCUGCUUAAAGACCUCCAAAGAAGGAGACUCCACCACACUCCUUGGCAGCAAAUUCCACUGUCGAACAGCUCUUACUGUCAGGAAGUUCUUCCUAAUGUUUAGGUGGAAUCUUCUUUCUUGUAGUUUGGAUCCAUUGCUCCGUGUCCGCUUCUCUGGAGCAACAGAAAACAACCUUUCUCCCUCCUCUAUGUGACAUCCUUUUAAAUAUUUGAACAUGGCUAUCAUAUCACCCCUUAACCUCCUCUUCUCCAGGCUAAACGGUGAGGAAGACGAGAGAUCUCAGCUAUGGCGUUCAGUCAAAGAAAAGGUCUGUUGCCUUUGAGAGCUCAGGCCACAAUGCACAGUUCUUAAGGCAGUUUCCCAAAUGUAUCGAGCUUCCGUCCACCCGCACCCCACUCCUAAAGUUGCAGGGCAAUCCUAUUUACUCUUCAGUAUGCCUCUCAGAGUGGUUUGUUGAGGGUUCGUCCUGAUUUAUCCGCAGGGAACUCGGAUAGCGUUGCAUCAAAGCAAAGCAUUAUCCUACACCUCCCAGUGCAUUUCUUAUUGUAAAAGGUCUUAUUUUGGGGGGAAAGCGGGUUUCUUGCACAAGACACCCCCCCAUUCACUUCAACUGCACAACCUGAAUCUGCCGGCGUGUGAUUGAAUAGCAACACUCUGGUAGCAUCCUCAGUUUAAUGGGGCUGCCUAGAGAAUACGGUUUGUUGUCUUGUUACAACCCAAGCUCCAACUGCAAUGAGUCCUGUAUCUCUCUUAAAGUCUGUAUUUUGAAGUCUAAAAGAUAGAUAGGAGUGUGUUUGUGUUCUUGGGCCUACGGAAGUGUAUCCCAUAAUCUGUUAGUCUUGAAUGGGCUACAGCAGGCUCCUUAGUUGUUUUAAUGCACCAGACUAAAAGUCCAAGGCUUUGUACGUAUUAUUGUUUACAGUGGUACCUCAGGUUAAGUACUUAAUUCGUUCCGGAGGUCUGUUCUUAACCUGAAGCACCAGUUUAGCUAAAGGGGCCUCCCGCUGCUGCUACACUGCCACUGCGCAAUUUCUGUUCUCAUCCUGAAGCAAAGUUCUUAACCUGAGGUAAUAUUUCUGGGUUAGCGGAGUCUGUAACCUGAAGCGUAUGUAACCUGAAGUGUAUGUAACCUGAGGUACCACUGUACACUGGUUCCUCUGUGCUCUCGGGCGAUGACAUUCCUGCUCCUUCUCUACUGCUUGUACAGCACCAUGCAAAUGGGACUUAAAACGGGAAGAGGGAGGAACUAUACUGUGUUGUAAGUUGCUAAUACAGUGAUACCUCGGGUUAAGAACUUAAUUCAUUCCGGAGGUCCGUUCUUAACCUGAAACUCUUCUUAACCUGAGGUACCACUUUAGCUAACGGGGCCUCCCGCUGCUGCCGCCACGCGAUUUCUGUUCUCAUCCUGAAGCAAAGUUCUUAACCUGAGGUACUAUUUCUGGGUUAGCAGAGUCUGUAACCUGAAGUGUCUGUAACCUGAAGCGUCUAUAACCCGAGGUACCACUGUAUGUACAUAGCCUUACUUCCACCCAUACUUCCACCCGAACAUAUGACAACCCUAUUACGUUCUUAUCAUAAUUGUCCCUGCACAAACUUUCCCAUCCCCACAGCAUAAAAUAUCUGGAUUCACGUUUUAGUAAUACAGUGGUACCUCGGGUUACAAACAUUUCAGGUUACAGACUCUGCUAACCCGGAAGUAGUACCUCGGGUUAAGAACUUUACUUCAGGAUGAGAACAGAAAUUGCGCGGCAGCAGCAGGAGGCCCCAUUAGCUAAAGUGGUACCUCAGGUUAAGAACAGUUUCAGUUAAGAACGAAUUAAGUUCUUAACCAGAGGUAUCACUGUAAAUAAAUGCGUAAAAAGAUUGAUCCCGUGUCCCCAGGCCUCACAUAUGUACCCUGUGAAUCAGCACAGCUUACAAAAACAACAGAGUCUUUGAAAACAACAUGGCGGCACUCGGCCACCCAGGCAGCGGUGGAGGAAACUGUUUGGGCGCCUGGGGCGGUGUGCCCAGGGGUGGGGCAAGCCGCCCAUAGAGAUGGGGUGAGCCACCCAUAGGGGCAGGGCGCACCACGAGGCCUCUGGAGUCUGCCUGCCUCCUCCCACUCAGCCACCCUAUAGCUGGGGGGGAGGCAGUGGGCGGACGGUUUGGGCAGCGCAGAGCCUGCACGCGCCCAAGCCACUGCGUCUCUCCCAGGAGAGACGUGUGGCUUGGGCACGCUGCAGGCCCUGGGGUGAGUGCUGCCCGGCAUUUUGUCACCCCCCUCAGUGCUGACACCCGGGGCGGCCCGCACCCACCACACCCCCCUUUGUCCAUCUCUGAUCCCAGGCCAAUGAAGUCAUGCUUUAAUAAAAAAACUGAGGGGAGAGAUAGAAGGAAGUCAGUCAAUGAUCGUGACUCAUGGUUUUUACAAUGCAUAAUUAUUCGUUAUACAAGGAAGUCUUUAUGGCAGUCCUACUUAGAAGCUGAGCUAUUAUCAGUCCCAUUUUCCACCCUGAGUUUGUACCAAGCCAGGCCCUCUGACCAAACAUAGUUUGGUGGAAUCUACACACAUAUAAAAAAAAGCUGUGAAAAUGCUUUUUUCGAGAAAUACAUUGAAUUUUGCAUCGCUCACUGUCUCCAUUCGUGUGUCACAUUUAUAUAUUGCACUUUACAACACAUUUAAAAUGUUUUAUUUGCAGCUGUGUAGCUGAGUCCUUUGUCAACAGUGAGAGGCAGAGCUGUAGCGCAGGCUAUCCAUUCACAUUGGAUGUCUUGUGGGAAGUUUAAUUGAUGUUUCUCGUGCUGGCUGAAUAAAGACCGAAGAGGAUAUAGAAAGGAGAGUUUCCUUCUAGCAAUGAACCAUUCUGUCUUCCUCAGAAAACUGCUAUUUGUGAUUAUUAUUAUUAUUAGCAUUUUAAGAUCAUUCUUCCACCUAAUAAGUUUUACAAGUACAGUGGUACCUCGGGUUAAUAACUUAAUUCAUUCUGGAGGUCCGUUCUUAACCUGAAGCUGUUCUUAACCUGAGGUACCACUUUAGCUAAUGGUGCUCACGCCGCCGCCGUGCAAUUUCUGUUCUCAUCCUGAAGCAAAGUUCUUAACCUGAGAUACUAUUUCUGGGUUAGCGGAGUCUGUAACCUGAAGCGUCUGUAACCUCAGGUACCACUGUAUCAGUGUGAAGACAGUACCUGCCAUCAGGUUUACCACGUCAAAGACACAGCAUGAAAGGAAAAGGGAAUGGAGAGGGAGGAGGAAAAAAAGAAGCUCGGGCACUUGGGCUUAAGCUACAAAAUUCCCAUAAUGGCCUGCUGGAAUGGAACCAUGUGGAGAGGAGCUGACAAAUAUUGCAGCAACAGAUGCCAACAAGAGACAGCAUUUGUGCUGGGCUCUGUACCAGGCCAGGGGAAUCCAUCCCUGAACCUGCCCCAAAUCGUGGAGCUUCUCCUGAGCCUGCUCUGGGCUCUGCCCCCAGCCCACCCACCCCAUACUAGAAGCCUGGACUUCAAUACUAAGGAACGCUCACUCCGGCAAGAAAGUCCACGGACAGGUAGGGUGUCAGCCUGCGUACCAGAUGGAGCUGGUGGACAGCUGUCCUGGACACAGAAUUGACCUGCACCUCCAUGGACAGCUGUGAGUCCAAAAUGACUCCCAGGCUGCGCACCUGGCCCUUCAGAGGCACAAGAAACACAGUUGUUGUUGUUGUUGUUGUUGUUAGCUGAUUUUAUAUACUGCCCCAUACCUGGAGGUCUCAGUUGUCCGAAAAACACAGCUAGCAGCUUUAACUGUGAGGAAAUUGUGGUGCUCUCACAACAGGAGCAGCAUCUUGCAGGUCAACAGCAAUCUGGCCUGUUGAGUUACUACAGCUCUGAAGUCCCUCUGAAGAAGAAGAAGAAGAAGAAGAAGAAGAAGAAGAAGAAUAAUAAUAAUAAUUUUUUAUUUAUACCCCGCCCUCCCCAGCCAAGGCCGGGCUCAGAGCAGCUUACAAGCAAUAAUAAAAACAAGAUGAAUGAUUACAACUUAAAAACAAAAAUAAAAUACAACAUUAAAAUAAUGGAACAUUAAAAUAUUAAAAUGUAGCCUCAUCGCAGGAGGAGAAGGAAAAGAAAAAAAGAAAGAGAGGGAGGGAGGGAAUCAAAUUGGCUCUAAGCCAAAGGCCAGGCGGAACAACUCUGUCUUACAGGCCCUGCAGAAAGAAAUCAGAUCCUGCAGGGCCCUGGCCUCAUGAGGCAGAGCGUUCCACCAGGCCGGAGCCAUCACUGAAAAGGCCCUGGCUCUGGUUGAAGCCAAUCUAACUUCCUUAGGGCCUGGGACCUCUAGGGUGUUGCUGUUUAUGGACCUUGAGGCUCUCCGUGGGGCAUACCAGGAGAGGCGGUCCUGUAGGUACGAGGGUCCUAGGCCGUGAAGGGCUUUAAAGGUCAAAAGCAGCACCUUAAAUCUGACCCUGUACUCCACCGGGAGCCAGUGCAGCUGGUAAAGCACUGGGUGAAUAUGCUCCCAGAAGUCACUGCGACUGAGAAAGCCCACAAUACAGAAGCCCAAAUAGGUUCUGCAGAGGGUAGAUAGCUGGCAGACCUCUGGAUUGCACAUGUUAGACUGACAUUUGGAAAAAUGUGUUUGUUCUAAAUAAACUUUAAGUAAGGCAAAAAAAAACAACAACAACUAAGGAACGCUAGGUAUCGUGGCGCACAAACCAGGAAUUGCAUGAUGGGCUUGAGACCCACCUCUGGUUUGGCCUCACUAGGGGACAUUAGGCAACCCCUUCCCCCUGUUCUCUUGGCCACAACCAUACAAUAUGCUUAGAACAGAGGUUCUCUAACUUUUUUUCUCUGGGCCAUGCCUUUAGAAUAAAAAUGUGCUCAUGCCACAGUGAAUUCUUUAUUGAUAAUAAAAAAAAGAGUCGACUCCCAACAGUGCUUGAUUUAUGACAUAGAACGCAACUACUAUAAAACGAUCGUGGGACAUCCCAAAAGUAUAAAACAAGGCAGCUACUGUACAUAAGAAAGCGAAUCAUUUCCCAAAAUACAAUUAUAAACGAGCCUCUUCCAUAUGUACCUUUAAGUAUGUGUGCAAAGUCAGUGAGAGGUGUGAUUAUCUUGCUUUUGCCAGAUAAUCUCAUUUAUAUUGGGUCUAAUUAGAGACAGACUAACUCUUGUCUUUUGAUCAAUGCAAAGAAGCCGCCUUUCUCUUUCCUGCUCUUUCUUAUUGGUCAGAAUUGAAAAUCUCUGUUCACAAAAAUAUGCCGUGGAGAAUAUGCCUCGGGUUACAGACGCUUCAGGUUACAAACUCCGAUAACCCAGAAAUAAUAAUUCGGGUCAAGAACUUUGCUUCAGGAUGAGAACAGAAAUCAUGUGGUAGAAGCGCGGCGGCAGCAGGAGGCCCUAUUAGCUAAAGUGGUGCUUCAGGUUAAGAACAGUUUCAGGUUAAGAACAGACCUCCAGAACGAAUUAAGUUAUUAACCCGAGGUACCACUAAUACUAUACUAUACUAUACUAUAGUAUACUAUGCUAUGCUAUGCUAUGCUAUGCUAUGCUAUGCUAUGCUAUGCUAUGCUACAUUGAAAUGCUUAAAUGCUUCUUUGAUGGUCCGUGAAUUCUUCCCACAGCACUUCCCAUCCUCUCCUGCCACACCUUUUGAGAACCACCGGUUUAGAAUAAUGCUGCCCUACCUUACAGGGCUGUUGUUGUAAGAAUUACUGAGAUGUGGUAAGCGCUGCGGAAAUGCUAAGUAAAUGUUAUUAGAGAUAUGCAAACACAGCGCAAACCUGCCAACGGGUCUUAGAAUAGUGUUCGCCAACGGCACCUGGUCCCAGCCUGCGAAGCAAUUUUCCCCAGCCUGUGAUGGCUCUGCCCAGUCUUUAUCAAGAGGGAAGUCCAGGCUUUGCCCGGGGUUUCCUCUUGUAAGGAAAAAGUGUGUACAAAGUUCUUGUGUGUCACAGAGAGAUUUCAUACCUCUCUGACUCAGUGCCUCUAUUUUUAGAAUCAUAGAAAGCUGCCUUAUACAGUGGUACCUCGGGUUAAGUACUUAAUUCGUUCUGGAGGUCCAUUCUUAACCUGAAACUGUUCUUAACCUGAAGCACCACUUUAGCUAAUAGGGCCUCCCACUGCCGCCGCGCCGCUGGAACACGAUUUCUGUUUUUAUCCUGAAGCAAAGUUCUUAACCUGAAGCACUAUUUCUGGGUUAGCGGAGUCUGUAACCUGAAGCGUAUGUAACCCGAGGUACCAUUGUACAGUGGUACCUUGGGUUACGAACUUAAUUCAUUCUGGAGGUCCGUUCUUAACCUGAAACCGUUCUUAACCUGAAGCACCACUUUAGCUAAAGGGGCCUCCCGCUGCCGCCGCGCGAUUUCUGUUCUCAUCCUGAGGUAAAGUUCUUAACCCGAGGUACUACUUCCGGGUUAGCGGAGUCUGUAACCCAGCCUUUCUCAACCUGUGGGUCCCCAGAUGUUGUUGAACUACAACUCCCAUCACCCCUAGCUAGCAAGGCCAAAGCUCAGGGAUGAUGGGAGUUGUAGUCCAACAACAUCUGGGGACCCACAGGUUGAGAACCACUGCGUGUAACCCGAAGUGUUUGUAACCUAGAAUCAUAGAAUCAUAGAGUUGGAAGAGACCACAAGGGCCAUCGAGUCCAACCCCCUGCCAAGCAGGAAACACCAUCAGAGCACUCCUGACAUAUGGUUGUCAAGCCUCUGCUUAAAGACCUCCAAAGAAGGAGACUCCACCACACUCCUUGGCAGCAAAUUCCACUGUCGAACAGCUCUUACUGUCAGGAAGUUCUUCCUAAUGUUUAGGUGGAAUCUUCUUUCUUGUAGUUUGGAUCCAUUGCUCCGUGUCUGCUUCUCUGGAGCAGCAGAAAACAACCUUUCUCCCUCCUGUAUGUGACAUCCUUUUAUAUAUUUGAACAUGGCUAUCAUAUCACCCCUUAACCUCCUCUUCUCCAGGCUAAACAUGCCCAGCUCCCUUAGCCGUUCCUCAUAAGGCAUCGUUUCCAGGCCUUUGACCAUUUUGGUUGCCCUCCUCUGGACACGUUCCAGUUUGUCAGUGUCCUUCUUGAACUGUGGUGCCCAGAACUGGACACAGUACUCCAGGUGAGGUCUGACCAGAGCAGAAUACAGUGGCACUAUUACUUCCCUUGAUCUAGAUACUAUACUCCUGUUGAUGCAGCCCAGAAUUGCAUUGGCCUUUUUAGCUGCCGCGUCACACUGUUGGCUCAUGAUCACUCGAGGUACCACUGUACCAAGUCAGACUGAUGGUCCAUCUAGCUCAGUGAGGUUUGCACUGACUGGCAGGAGCUCUCCAGGAUUUCAGAGUGGGUCAGAUCCCAACCCUGCCUGGAAAUGUCUGGGAUUGAACCCGGGUACUUCUGCAUGCAAAGCAGAUGCACUACCGCGGCUGCUGCUCUUUUCCUGCCCAUCCACCCUGGCAGAAGGGUGAGGGGAGGGAGCAUACCUAUGCAAAGGUCUGUGGCGCAGGGACACGGGUGGCGUUGUGGGUUAAAUCACAGAGCCUAGGACUUGCCGAUCAGAAGGUCAGUGGUUCGAAUCCCCACGAUGGGGUGAGCUCCCGUUGCUUGGUCCCUGCUCCUGCCAACCUAGCAGUUUGAAAGCUCAUCAAAGUGCAAGUAGAUAAAUAGGUACCACUCCGGCAGGAAGGUAAACGGCGUUUCCAUGCGCUGCUCUGGUUCGCCAGAAGCGGCUUCGUCAUGCUGGUCACAUGACCCGGAAGCUGUACGCUGGCUCCCUCGGCCAAUAAAGCGAGAUGAGCGCCGCAACCCCAGAGUCGGCCAUGACUGGACCUAAUAGUCAGGGGUCCCUUUACCCUUUAUGCACAUGAUCCAUAAUUUAGGUUACUCUUAUGCAGAAACAGGGGAAGCAGAGCAUAUAUGAGCCUUGGAAAACUCCUAACAGGAAGCAGGUGGGAUAGCUCAGUCGGCAGAGCAUGAGACUCUUAAUCUCAGGGUUAUGGGUUCGAGACCUAUGUUGGGCAAAAGGAUUCCUGCAUUGCAGGGGGUUGUACUAGAUGACCCCCGUGGUCCCUGCCAACUCUACAAUUAUGGUGUAGCAGCAGCAUCUUCUGUGGGACAGACUGGCAUUAACUGUGCUUUGACCUCCCUUGUCCUUUUCUUGCAGGUUAUAAAUGAUUAGCCCCUAUGACAAACAUGAGCUGGAGUUUCCUCACCCGCCUGCUGGAAGAAAUCCACAAUCACUCCACUUUCGUGGGGAAGAUCUGGCUGACGGUCCUGAUCGUCUUCCGCAUCGUCCUGACGGCCGUCGGGGGCGAGUCCAUCUACUCGGAUGAGCAGAGCAAGUUCACCUGCAACACCAAGCAGCCCGGCUGCGACAACGUCUGCUACGAUGCCUUCGCCCCGCUGUCGCACGUCCGCUUCUGGGUCUUCCAGAUCAUCAUGAUCUCCACCCCUUCCGUCAUCUACUUGGGCUACGCCAUCCACAGGAUCGCCAGGUCCUCCGAGGAGGAGAAGAAGAGGUUCCGGGGCUUCAAGAAGAAGAAGCAGUUUGCGCUCAACUGGCAAGCCGUCCGCAACCUGGAGGACCCCCUGGGAGCCGAGGAGGAAGAGCCCAUGAUCGUGGAUGAUGUGGCGGAAAGCGAAGAGAAGGUCAAGACGAAGGAGGAGAAGAAGAAAGAGCAGCAACAGAAGAAGCACGACGGCAGGAGACACAUUCAAGAGGAGGGCUUGAUGAAGAUCUACGUCUUCCAGCUCCUCACCAGAGCUUCUUUCGAAAUUUGCUUCUUGAUAGGGCAGUACAUGCUCUACGGCUUCGAGGUCACGCCCUACUACCUUUGCACCCGGCAGCCGUGCCCCCACGACGUCGACUGCUUUGUCUCGAGGCCGACGGAGAAGACCAUCUUCCUCCUGGUGAUGUACGUGGUCAGCUGCCUCUGCCUCCUCCUCAACGUGGCCGAGAUGUGCCAUCUGGGCAUCGGCACCAUCCGCGACGCCAUCCGCGACCGGAAGGUGCACAGCUUCCGCCAGCCGCCCUACAAUUACGCUGCCUACCCGAAGAACAUCUCCUGCCCCCCGGAAUACAACCUGGUGGUCAAGUCGGACAAGCAGGCCAAGGUCCCCAACAGCCUGAUGGCUCACGAGCAGAACUUGGCCAACGUAGCCCAGGAGCAGCAGUGCACCAGCCCCGACGAGAACCUCCCGCCGGACUUGUCCACGCUCCACAAACACUUGCGGGUGGCUCAGGAGCAGCUGGACAUUGCUUUCCAGAGCUACAACCACACGCAGGCGAACGGGCAGCCGUCCAGAACCAGCAGCUCGGCUUCUGGCGGGAUGGUGGCAGAGCAAAACCGGGCCAACACCGUGCAGGAGAAGCAAGGCGCCAAACCCAAAGCCAGCUCAGAGAAAGGUAGCUCGAACAGCAAGGAUGGGAAAAACUCAGUGUGGAUCUAACAAGGUAUAUAGCCUGAUGACGACAAGGUGGGGGUGGCUUCUCUGUCGGGAACGGAACCGGCCCCAAGACGGCGCUAGCAAUGGGGUUCUUUUUGGGGGUCUUGCCAAAUGAGCAAUGCAUUUCAGGACCAUCUAGUGGGUUGGCAAGAAGCCUCUCUUCGCCAUCCUUCACCAAUCCUGCCCCCUCGAUGCACGAAUCAGCUACCUGGAAGUGGCGGAACCCUUUGCACAUGUCUUGUUACUCCCAAAGAGAAGUCACCAGGUUGUGCCAUGAUGCUUCCAGAGUAUAUUCCUGGGCAGUGUCCCCUGUCAGAUGGAACGGGGAGAGGGUGUGCUGGCUGCAAGGCCUGCCCUCCAGUUAAAUGGCUUAUCCCCGUGAUGUAGAGGGCCUGGGACUCCAGAUUUGCUCAGUAUGGCUCUCAGGUAUCACCUCCCUUGCUGUGCUGGUUACAUUUGGGAUGUCUUCUCUUCCUCUGCUUUCCCCGUUCCUCUGCUUUCCUCCUUGCCAAUCCAUCCUUUUCCGCUUUCCACACACUUGCCAAUCUAUCCAUUGCUGCCUCUUAUGCCCCCGUUUUAUCCUUAAGUUUGGUACCUGAUAGGUUGUGUGUGAACUGGAAGUCGUGUCACUUCUGGCUGCAUCGAUUCCAACGGCAGCCCACACCAGCUUGCAAGUUUGUGGUCAGGGCCUGGGUUUAUGGAGGAAAAAGUGUGAGAAUUCUGCGUCCAAGGCUUUAUUGCAUCAAGACUACUGUUCCUCCAUAGGGGGUUGUCUGUGCUAAGCAACUGUCAGUCCAAACCAUGCCUCCCCUUUCCUCCUUCCAUUCUGCUUUAAAUGACUGAAAUAACCCUUUUAAUUUCUAACCUCGUUGGUGGAACGCAACCUGCCCACCUGCAGAAGCUGCCGCAACAUCUUACAAGGCUGCUCUGAGUGGUUGAUCAGGUUUGCAGGAAGACCACUGCUGCACUCGCUAAAGGUUUACUAAUCCGUAUACGUAGCCAUGCCCUCCUCUGAACUGUUUAAUGGCUUCCACAAAGCAGCGGUCAGCUUUCCAAAAUGAGGCUGAAACCCCAAAUCUAGCAUGUCUGUGGGAUUUUCACAGUUGGCUUCAGUGGAGUCACCUGCUUCAGAGAUGUGCGGUGUUUACUCCCUUGAUCCUCAGCAGUGAGCUGAGAAGCAGACAAGGACAUUUUCUUCCUUUGCAGUGGAAAAUGGAGCAUUCCCUUUGGCCACUGUCACUGAGAAGGGUUUUUAACCACUGCUUGUACCACACCCUAACCAAAAGUGCCUUAAAUAACGCUGCAAAGACGGAACACCUGAACACUUGUGAUAUCUUUGUUGUGUCUCUGUGUAGAGCGGGGAUGUGGGGGGGGGGACCUGUGGCUUUGCAAAUGUUCUGGGACUCCAGAAGUCAGUGUGCCCACCUCCCAGAUGUGGCCGCCCUCACCUUCCUCCACCUGAGCAUGGAUGUUGCAGAUAAUCAGCGUACCAGUUGCUCAGGCAUCUGGACAAAGCCAGCAUCUGAGGAGUACCCAUAAUUUGCAGGGAAAUUGAUCAUGGUGUUGCAUUUGCAAGCACAUACACAUCUGCGUGUGGAAAAGCACUCAGGCAAUAUGUAUUAUAUUUUCAAAAUGAAAUAUUGAGCCGGGUCUGUUCUCCCCUGGCCAAAUUGCAAUAGAUCUCUGUGUGGUUGAAAUCAAACCUCUGUUUCAGGCAUGGGGGACCUAUGGCUCUCAUUGCCGGACUAUAAUUUCCAUCAUGCUUGACCACUGACCAUGAUGGCUGGACAGGCCAUCUGGGAGUCCUACAAUAAAUGGAUGUCCACGGUCGCUUGCCCCUGCUCCAUUUGGUCCUCAGAGUCUAGAGAAUGCAAAUGUCAGCUACAGGGAGAGACCAGUUUGCCUCAGGAACUGAGGUCAAGGGUAGUGUCCUUGCAAUACUAUGGGUAAGCCAAAAUCGUGGUCAAUAUUUAUGAUAAAUUGGGAUUCAUUUUGGAGGAAGAGUGUCUCUUCGCUAACAUAACAAGGGGGCUUGUAAAUGUAGGUGUUGCCAACUCCCCUUUUCCAAUCGGAGGCUGUGGUUUUAGCAGUUGUGUGGCAGGCAAAAAUUUGUCAGGUGCAGUCCUCCCCAAAAUGAUGGGGAACGUGAACACUGUUGAAUUUCUGCCUCUUGUGCGGCUGCUGAAAGCAUGUCCUAGAAAAGGAGGCAACCCUAGCUAACUUGUCGACAAGCAGUUAGUUGGAGGAGGGAAAAUUACAUAUGUAAUCAAGGAAACAGUAAAAUAAAAGUCAAUUGCUUUCCCAUCAGGCAAGGGCUCUUUAAUCUCAGGGAACAGAACACAGAACAGGGACAACAUCUGGGCUCCAAUUUGGGGUAGAAGGAAAUCAGUAUCCCAGGGAUGAAGCAGGGCUCAAUUUGUGCCGGGAUUCACCAGGUCUGAGCCCCAGCACCUACCUUCAGUGAAAGCUCAUGGGUCAACCCACAUUUUGAAGGAAUGAUGGAGGAGACAUUAACAUCAUGGCAAAUUGGUGGGUCGUGAAGUGAGGGCUUCAUGGAAGAGAGGGCUUUCGGUGGCUACUGACCAUGAUGGCUGUCCUCUGCUUCCACAGUUGAAGGCUUCUAAAUACCAGCUCCUGGAAAACGCAGGAGGGGAGAGGGCUCUUGGGCCCGGAUCCUGCUUACAGGUUUCCCACAGGUCAGCCAUUGUGAGAACAGGAUUGUGGAUUAGAUGGGCCAUUGGCCUGAUGUAGCAGACCCUCCUUAUGUUAUGUUCUUAUCCACUGUCGGCAUGGAAGUCUUCAGUUUCUUUCUUUCUUCUCUUAAUAUCACUCCUGGGUUACCGGGGAGAAAAACAUUGAGGGCUGCCCAGAGGAGCUGCAGCUACAAGUCUCUCCACAACCAACAAAAAAAUCCCCAUACCUCUGCAAUUUGCUGAUUUUAGCACUCUUUCAAAUUCAAAACUCAAGCAGACAGUUCUAGUUUCGGAGCCUUUUGGCUGAGCACCAGCGGAAAUUGUGGUGCUGAGAAGCAGGAGGGCAGCGUUUCAUGGUGGCUUCCCCAUACGGAAAUAGUUGUGCGAAUCAGCUGCCCUCGGGCUGUUUUCUUGCUUAAACUUUGAUAUAAGCUCUAGAGAUUUGAACAGAUUACCCCUGAGCACACACAGAGUGCACUCCCUGCUCAUCUUUGUUGCCACUGAGGAGUCUCUGUAGUUUCUCAUUCAGGUGUUAGGAAGAAAGGCUUACAAUUCUGGAUGCGGUGGGUGCAGGUAUAUUUGAAUCUCUGCUCUUUUCCUAAAAGUGUUGGGGGUGGGUGGGAAUAAAGCACUGGGAGGUUUAACAAAAAAAAAAGAAGUCAAAAUUUCAGAAGGUGAGAGAAAAAUAAACAUAUCUGCCCUUUUUUCAUGGCAAGGAGACUCCUUGUUCCACAAUGCAACCUUCUCUUCCCUAGGGAAAUAGGUUGUCCUAGAUCAGGGGGCCUCCAUUUGUAAUGGGAUUACAACUCCCAUCAUCCCCUGUCCAUCAGCUGUGUUGUUUGGAACUGUUGGGAGUUCAAGUCCAACAACCUCUCAAGGUCCACAAGCUCCCUGUUCCUGUCGGAGAUGUAAAUCACGCUAGGCACAAAUACUGGGUGUCAUUAUAAAAUACCCUUUCAAAGUUUCAAUUCACAAUGACCAUUUUGAUACUGUAAUCAAGGCUUGAUCUACACUGAUCUGGAAAACGCCAUAAAAAUAUAUAGCUCCCGAUGCAAUUUCUCUUUGGCGACAGAUCGCUGCUCUACUACGCCCUCUGGUGUCACAUUUUUAUAACACAUUUUUAAAGUUAUAACUCCCCAGUGUAGAUUAGUCCCUGAAGCCGCAACCAUUUUUAUCUUUGUCCUGGUGAAUAGCAUUGUGGUCAGCAGCAGCACAAUAUCGCUAUAGACAAGAGUCCACCAAGCUUCUGCUUUUGAAAGAAUGAAGCAAAAACAAAAACAGUGGAACCAGGGGAAAGAAAGCCACUUUGCAGCGAUGACUUCAGUGUCAAAAUGGCUAUGUGAAUAUCCCACAUCCCUUUUCAGACUUUGUCAUAACAAACAGAGAGGCUUCUUGAGUUUCUUCAAAACUUUCCCAACCGUUUCCUCCAAGUCUGUGGCCGCUGGCUAAUCGCCUGUUCCCAAAGUGAGAAGAGAGCAAAUCAGAAAUUGCAGGAAAAUUCUGGCUAGUGGCCAUGAACUCCCUGUAGGUUUACAUAAGGGUGGUGAAGUAUCCUUUCUGACUCUUGCCUCAAUGAAGAUAGGUAAAGGUAAAGGGACCCCUGACCAUUAGGUCCAGUCGUGGCCAACUCUGGGUUUGCGGCGCUCAUCUCGCUCUAUAGGCCGAGGGAGCCAGCGUACAGCUUCCAGGUCAUGUGGCCAGCAUGACUAAGCCGCUUCUGGCAAACCAGAGCAGCACACGGAAACGCCGUUUACCUUCCCGCCGGAGUGGUACCUAUUUAUCUACUUACACUUUGACGUGCUUUUGAACUGCUAGAUAAAUAGAUGCAAAUUUAGUCAACUCCUUCUACACUCCAUUGUUACUGCAAUGACCCCGGUGGGAGAAGGAAAAUAGCAAGUGUUCAUAGAAAAUGGCAGGUGUUGCCUGAUUUGUGCAUAUGCUACUUCACUUUACAGCUGCAUUGGAAUGCAGAAGUUAUAAUGAGUUUUCGUUCAGAAACGUUUCAAGUGACCCUGUCUUGUGGUAUCCAUUCCAUUUUUAAAAAUGUGAUUCCCCGCAAAGAAUAAGCAAUGUACAAUAAUAUCUGCAGUAGAGAAAGUUUUUAAGAACCCAUCGUUUUAACUAUAAAAAUCAACACUUCCUCACAAGGCACCCUGGGAAUUGUAGUUUUAUGAAGGAGACUGAGAUCUGCCACAAAGAAAUUGCAACACUUUCCCUGCAGUUCCCAGGCGGUCAUGUGGGAAGCUCUAACAGUUAAUAUGAUUUUUAAAAGGUUUCAAGUUUAAAAACCAGAACAGAAGCCAGAUUAUGCUGUCACUCACAUUCCAUUCCACUGGAAAAUACUUGAAAUUAACUAAAAGGCCAUAACAAAUCUAUGCUGUUAUGUUACUAUUUUUUUGUACUAACUUGCAAGUUGUAUGAGAAACGUUUUGAGUGCAAAACUGACUCUUUUCUCUGUAAAUAUUUUUCAUGUAAAUUGUUACCGUUGGAUUGUAUUUAGAAUGAUAGGACAUUUUAAAAAGCAACAGCACAAAACUGUUGGAUGUUCGUUGUUCAAUACUAAUAAAAUGGAAUCAAACUUUUG